AUGAGCCGCCGCGGCGAGGGCGAAUUCCUGAACUGCCGCCUUUCUCCCGCCGCCGCCGCCGCCGCCGCGACCAUGAGGAGGCUGGCGCUGCUCGCGUUGCCUCUCUUGCUGUGCCUGGGCGAGGUAAGGCGCGGACGGUUGGGAGGACUGCCACCCCCACCCCACCCAACCCAGGCUUUCCCUCGCGUCCACCUACAUGCCUGGGGAUCUACAUGUCUCGGUCGGCGAACCUGCUUCCCCUGAGUAAACCCAUCCAUCUUUCGUCUUCCUACCUGUCUCUCUCCCCCCCCCCCCUUCCCUUACAAGUCCCUCCUUGGCUUAAGCUAGGGCAGCCUUAUACAUCGUGGGUAGGGGAGCCUGUAGCUCUCCAGACGCUGCUGGACUCCAACUCCCAGCAUCCCCGAUCGUGGGUUAUGCUGCUCGGGGCUGAUGGGACUUGGAGUCCAGCAAACAGCCGGAGUGGCCACCAGCUUCCCCAUCGCUGCUAUAAAUGCUUGGUUUUGUUUUAGGGGACCCGUCCCCCACCCCCGUUCAGGAUAACGGGACGUCUGAGGAGAGACAUAUAGGAUUGGGGCCGAAGUCUAGAAGAAACUGCUCUGGUCCUUUUAAAACAAACGGCAACAGAGCAUGACCCUCUCUGGUUCCUAGUCACUUCUGGUGUGUGUUUGUUUUGAACCCUGAAUUCCUGCAAGCCACUGUGCAUCACUAGACUCAUUAGAAGUCAAUGGGUUUAGCCAACUAUGCGCUGUUGCAAAUUGGCUGCUGAGGAAGUGUCCACACAUGACUCUGAAUGUGCCUGUGUACGUGUGGAUAUAUUUGCGAGAGAAUCAUGAAAGAAAGCUUUUGAUGUACAUUCUGUCUAGCCGAUGCAGUUUUUCUAUUUUCACUACAGAUAUAGGGAACUGUUGACUAGUGAUUACAUGGCAUAGCAAUCAUAUGUAUGCCUACUAAGGAGGAAGCAGCAUUGAACUUAGUAGGACUUUGAACACACAUGUUGUGUGUUUUGAAGUGAUCUCUGAUCAUGCCUGUAAAAUCACUAAUCCAGAUAAUCUAACAUUUGAUACACCUCAGCUGCUUGUAUUUAGACCCAGCAUUUAAAACAGUAGCCAACCUUAAUAAUGCAUGUUGGAGCACCUGCUCAAAAUCACAUAACUUGCACUCAUUUCCCUUUAAAUGACUUGCUGUGCUCUCAAAUUAGCAUGGUUAAAGAAUGAUAAAAGUAAAAAACUUUCCCCACCCCCUACAUAUCCUUUAAAUCUAAGUUUUUGGAAGAAACCACGAUGUUAAUCUAUAAUUAGGAAAUGAGGGGGUGGUAGCUAUUCUGGAUGCCAACACAGAGUAUAAUUGUGUAAUAUUGGGUGAUAGCAUGGAAUGGUGAUCUUAAUUCAUGCUAGUUGCUAUGGCUACAGAAAUGGAAAGUUGUGUUUGGUCAGGAUAAUUGAUCUGGAAAGAGAUUAUUGCCUAUUGCCCAUUAACUAAUCUUGCAAAUGCACCUAUUAAUGGUUUCAAAACUACGGUACAUGUUCUAUACUAAAUCCAUCUAAGCGGCGGAAAACCCAAUUGGGGCAAGGGCCGCUAGAUGAGAGUACUGACAGGUUGCAAGAUGUGUAUGAACACCUGUGUUGCUACUGUACUUGAGGCAUUUGCUGACGAAGACGCAGGUAUGACCCCAGGGUUUCCUACAGCCAUUGUGACAUGUAGUUCUGCCCUACCGUGGAUAUGAUGGAAUGCAGAUAAGGAGCGCUAUCGUAAAGAAGAUCAAAGUGCAGUGCGUAGCGAUGAUUUUAAUAGGCGAUUGCAUUCUUUGCUGUAACAUACAGUAUAUUGGUUAUGUAGCUUAAUUGUAUUGGCUAGCCUAGUCUAUUGCCACUGCUGUUGUCAUCGUCCAUUUUCCCCAAAGAACUCUGAACAUGCUGCAAGCCAAAAAAAACAAUCACUUUCCUUACAGCAGUGGAAAGAGAAGUCCAUUUUAUUUCUUGCUCUCUCUCUCUCUCUCUUUCCCUUGUACACAACUUUCCCGUCAUCAUUGCUAUUGGUAGAUGAUAUACCUUUUGAAGCAAAAGAGAUGGUUGGGUCAGAGUUUACUGAUUGCAUUAAAAGUUGGGGUGAAAAGCAAUAUCAUCUAAUCUAACUUGGUCUGAAUGUUGGUAUUUCUGGGAGUCUUAAUAUGAGAAAAGAAUCAACUUUCAGAGAACAGAUGUGUAGUGUAUGCACACAUGUGGUGGUCCUGGUUAAGAUAUGGGAGAACAGACACCCCAAAGAUGGAAGAAUCCAAAAUACAUUAGGAAUGGUUUUGUAGGAGAAAACUACUGCAAAGAUUGGACAGGGUCACCCCAUGUCUGAAACAAAAAGGCUUCUGAUCUGCUGCAUAAUGGUAUAGUUGUGGCAGUCCCUUAAUGAAGUUCUCAGAUGUUCCCUAGAGUUGUGAGACCUGAACAACUUUAUUGCCUAAUUUGGGAUAAGGUAAUUAAAGUUGUAGGAGGUAUUUGAAAGAAAUAACUGCAGUUAGACCAUUGAACUGCAGGCUGAUGUCAGUAGUGUCUUGGGGCCUCCUCUAAUGUCGCUUUCUAAGAUCAUGGGUGAAUGCACUUUAAUGCAUAUAGGUAUAAUGUUGAAAGGGCUCGCUUCUUGCAUAUUAACAUUUCCUCAGUAUUUUAUUUAUGUGGUUUUGGGCGUCUUCAGAAACCAGUUGACAUUUCCUCUUGAGUAACCUUCAAAGGACCACAUGCCAGUAAUGGGUGGGUCCAAAGGUAAAAAUCUACAGACCAGCACAUGUAAAUUUUGACUUCAUGCAACUAGUUUCCACACACUUGUGCCCCUUUCUAUCCUCCACCUAAACAAGCAAGAGGCAUUAUCAGAGUUCAAGUAUACAUUCCAGCCAGCAAAAACACUGGCAGGACUAGUAAGGGAUGUGGACUGGAGAGACGGGGUGGGAAGAAUUCCAAGGGCCAGGUAAGAGAGGUCUGGAGGGCCAUAUUUGCCUCCCUACCAGAAAAACACCCCAGGGCCUCCAGUUCCCCAGCUCAGGUAUGUCGCCUAUAUAUAAUAAUCUUUCAAAUAUGUCAAGCCACAAAAGUGAAAACUUUAGUAGUCCUCUUUCGAUGGUGUGAUUUUAAGUAAAGUGAACACAUGAGGACGAAUAAUGGAGAUGAGGACAAAAUUCUUGGGGAGCCUUCACAAGUACAGGAGGCUGCCUGCUUCACACUUUCACUGACCAACUCUUAGAGAGUUACAGGAGAAGAGAGGAGUGGGGCCCCCAUCUGAAUUGCCCUCCCAGAACCAGAACCCCAUAAUGAGCAUCUUUGCCACUUGGGGUCCAGGUGGCCUUGAUGGCUAGGAGUGCCUUGUAUCAGCAUCGGCUACAGCCGUUCCUGGAUAAGGGUAACUUUACUAUGGCAGUCUGUACAUUUGUAAUUUCAGGACUGGUUUAUUGCAAUGCUAGGCUGUGGUGAUGUCCAACAUUUCCAGCUACUGCAGAAUGCUGUAGCUAGAGUGGUGAUGGGAACAGUAUGGCCAACAAUAACACUGGUGUUAAAAGACCUGCACUGGUUUCCCAUCUGCUGCAGGGCCAGAGUCAUAGUUUUUGUACUAGUGUACAAAGACCUGAACAACUAAGGACCAGGAUAUCUUAAGGACUGCCUUCCCCCACCUGAAUACUGAGAUCAAAUGGGUGAGCACUAUUAGCGGUUCCCUACAGACCAAAAGGAUGGCUCCAGUCAACAAGCAGUUGUGCCUUCAGUGUAGUGGGCCCUACACUAUGACCUCCGUCCCGUUAGAAAACAGGCACACAACAUCGCUGCUAAGUUUCAGCUGUCUGGUUAAAACUCUUUUUAUUUCAGGAGGCCUUUGCACCAUGAAUGCUGUUCUGAUGUUUUGCUUUUUUAUGUUGUUUAUUUUUAUUCUCUGUAAAAUGCUUUAAGACCCGUAUGGGGGACGGGGACGGGGGACAAAAUGUAAUUUUUAGGAAUAAGAUGGCUAAAUUUGAGAAUCUGAAUUAACACAGCUUUAAAAUAAUGGAUAAAUGUUUCUCGACAUGUAACCUGCCAGCCUGCCGAGCCUCAGCGGCUGAGCAUCAGAGGUCCCUGUUCAAUCCCUGACAUCUCCAGGUAGGUCUGGGAGAGUGAAAACCCUGGACAGCUGCCCCUAGUGAAUGGAUACAAUACUGCGCUAGAUGAGCCAAUGGUCAGAUUGAGUUUCCUAUGUUCUCUCUGCUUCUACAGCCUUUGGGGCUGUCCCUGGUGGUAGCAAGGGUUUAGUUCCACUUACCAAGGUUUACUUUUCAGAUUAGGGCAUUUUUGUUGUCAACAGCAAGACGAAUGUGGGAGUGGCCCUGUGGCAGUGACUCAGAGCAUGGGAUUGAUCGCCCUGACAUUUUAGUUGAAGCCCUGUGCCUCCAUUGACUACAGUGGCUUUACUUGCAGAUUAUUCACCCUUGCAGCAUGUUUAAAGAGUCGCAGAUUUGUUCUGGCAUAUACUUUUAUGGACUGGUUCCCACCUCUUCAAACUACUGAUAUGUCCCAAAGCUCCUUCCCACCACUUAUUCUUUCUGACGUCUGCUUAAUGAUAAUGCACAUAAGCUCUUCGUUCCUUGGUGAACUUGCAUUCCUUUCCCAGAAGCUGUUUCUGUGACCAAAGUUUGAGGAAGACGGUCACAGUUCCGCUAUAAUAAGCUUAAGUUGUGUUGCUGCUAGUUAAUUAGUUACAAAUGCUCUUAUCACAGUCAGCAUUUAAUCUCUCUUACUUCCCUAAUGCUGGGAGAAGCAUAUCUGGAGUUCUUGUGUCUACUUUACACUGAAGAAUGGAGAGGGAAGGGGAGUGGCAAGUGCAAAAGAGGGAGGACUCUUAGAGGGCAAUUCUCUCUAUUCCUGCAGCAUCUUUCCAUUCGCUUCUCCCUUUAUUUGCCCCAAGGCAGUUUGCUAAAAAGCUUCAGUGUGAAUUAUUUCAUUACAAAGCAUCUCUGUUCAAAGCAAAUAUUUUGUUAUUGUGAGUCCAGUUUGCUGCUUCUUCUCUCUUUGCCCCCAGCCCCCUGACUGAGCAUCUGUCUUUAGUUUAUGCGUUUACAUUUUUUACACUUUAUACAUCUAGUUAAUUUCUAUCUCUCUCCCUCUCUGCCCCCAGGCCCCCUUUUCCAUUUCUCAUGAAAAGGGUGCUUUAGAAUAUGGGCUUGGAAACUUUUGUUUUAAAGGAGGUCAGCAGGGCAGGGGAAAUACUCAAGAUUCCGAGGCAUCAACAUCAAUUUUUUAGGCAUCAGUUCAGUGUAGGGCUGAGAAAUACUUCAAAUUCCUAAAUGCCACCAUGGGCUUGUUAGUAUCCAAGCAACCAAUUUGAUCAGCCCUUGUGAUUUCUGUUUACCUAUGGCAUUUAUUGGCUUACCUUUGUUAAGUCAUCAUGUGAGUAUAAGUGCUGCUGUAGCAUAGUGGUCAAGGAUGCAAUAUUACACCAGAGUUAUGCAGGCCGAGGGGCUGGUGAAACACCAGUGGCACAACUGCUAACAUCAGUGCAAGUGAGUAGCCACCAUCACUUGUCCUCUCUGGGAGGAAGAACUGGAGUGCAGUAGUGGGGUCUACUGGAGGGUAUCUUGCUGAGCCCCCACCCCCACAAAAGCAAAGACAGAUAGGGAUGCAAUAAUCUUCAUUGGAGCAGUGCUUCCACCUGUAGAGGAAUCCAUCGUGUGGAUGUAAAAUCUCACACAUGUCCAGAGAAUAGUCCUAUCCUUUCAAUGCAGCAUAGUGUCUGUGAUCAUCCUAUAAAGCUCUGGCAGAGGUUUCGUUUGCUUGCAAAUGCUUCUGCUCCUCUGGUUGCUGCUACACUGAAUCUGUGAAGAGCAUCCUCUCUUUUGUUCAUUGCAGAGUUAAUAAAUCAUAGAGUCAGUUGCAGCCAAAUUUGUUCUCUGAAGCCAGACCAAUUCAGAAUGUAGACAUUUCCCAACAUGCGUAAGUAUUCAGCCUAGGAAAGUACCCUCUAAAUAUCUGUUUCCAAAUCUCUGGUAGACAAAGGUGCAUGAGUCGUAAAAGUGUAGAAUUGCAAGUAAUGAUCAGAGAAUGCAUACAUAAAUUAAGCUUGGAGUAUGGAAGUAUCAGCGAAAUAUAAUGUAUAGCCAGUGCUCAGCUAUAUCACAUGUAGUUUUACAAAGGGGGUGGAAAGGGGGUGGAUUUAAGGGCUAGCAAUCUGAGAAUAAAUCAAGGUGAUAUCUAUGAAGCAGACAAACUCUAAAUCAAAUACAAAAUAAAGUCAAUACAGUCUUUAUUUUUAGUGGACGGCAGAUAUGUAAUCAACAGACACCACUACAAUAAUUCAUUCUCUAUCUCCAUCUCUCUCUCGUGCACUUCAAAUGAAUAAAUGAAGUUGCUAUCCCAUAUCAGUCAUUCCCUUCCCUUCUGCAAUUAAUGUUGUGUGAAUAGUGAGAUGAUUCUACGAUGCAAAUGGUCCUGCCCAUCCCAUAUGACCCUGUUGCUGCAACCUACCUCCCUACCCAAUGUAUUGGGGGCUGAACUUUUGCAGCAGAAAGGCGGUUCAACUCAAACAAGUUCCCUGCAUGAUUUAACAGUCUAAUCUUCCUGGGUCUUAAAUAAAACAAGGCACUUCCUUCAGCUGGGAAGGUUCCCUGGCUCCCAGCACCAUGAGAGACUGAAGGAAUGGUGAUGGGUUAUGCAUGGGAGGGGCAGGGUCACUCUCCCUCUCAUGCAAUGGAAACUUGUGUUUGCGUGUGCAGAGAACAACUGAAUAGGGCUAUUCUCUUGGCCUGAAAGUAUUCGUUUGGGACAGCUGCUCCCGGUUCUUCCAAGGCAAUGGGGAAAAUGACAAAUAGCUGCAUUACCUGCAGUGAGAGAAGGCAUAUCAACAAUGUCACGCUGAAAUUUAAUCUCUCAGGAUUAGCCACAACUUUUUAAAUGAGAGAGAGAGAUGGAAAUUCUGUGUACAGUUAAGAGCUCAUCCCUCAGUGAACCUUCAUACCUGGAGCUUACUGUUGAGAAUUUUCAUGCCAUGUAAAUUAUCUUUUGUUAGAGAAACGUGAGAUUUGAAAGCAUGUGGGUGUGUUGGUACAUAAUAUAAUUUUCUGAUUACACAAUGAGGAUGGAUAUUCCUAAUUACUGCUACUAAUUACAGGCUCGCUGCUGGAGAAUAUGAAAGUUGGCUAGCUUCGCAAUAUAGCAACCAAGCGCUUCCUUUUUCCAAAAAUAGAGCCUCUUGCAUAUGGCAAGCUUAAGACUCAUCUCUGCUCUACAUUCUUUUUCCGCUACUCAGUUGAGAUCUGCUAAUUGGCUUCUAUUCACUUAAAAGUAAGAGACCACUAUUAGCUGCCUGCUCCUGCAAAACUUUAAAACAAAAGACAAAAACCAGAGGUUGCUAAGUGUCAGAAGACUCGUUUGGCUAGCUUUAAAACCAGCUCAAGUGGCAAUCCGCACCUAUAAUAUAAAAUAAGACUACAAAGAGAGAUGCAGUACUGUAAAAAGAAAGCAGCGAGAAUAUGCCUCGGUUCAGGUGACAAUAUGAAUAGUCCUGACAGGCUUUGGCCGGAUCCAGCAGAGAUCUUUUUUCUGUUCUGUUCCAUUUCUGCGUGUGGCUUCUGCAUAUGGCAAGUCCUGUUUCUUGCGCCUAGCUCUAGCUAGCAAUGUGAAUUAGCCCCUUUAUAGAAAAUUAAACCUCAAGACAAUUUUUCGUCCUGUCUUGCUUUUUCUCACAUUUGCUCAGAUCACCACUUUUAGCUUCACAGGGACUUGGUCAGUCGGUCAAGGUUGAAAGAUAGCAAUUUGCCCAAGCGCUCCUGUCCUCCCUUGGCGUAAACAAAGUGGUGGGAAUUUGAACCUGGUUCCAAAUUGCCAUAACCAAAGCUCUUUGCCAGACAACUGCUGUGUAUAGUCAAUCUUCCAAACAGUCUCUUUGUUUCGCCACAGUGAUGGUGAAUGUAUGCAAACACUUUGUUAAAAUAGCAACAGAUUUCAUUUACAUCUUUUAGGAAUUCAUUAUGGGAAUGAAUUGAUGGAAAUUAAUCAGAACCUCAUUUUUGACCCUAUAUGUCAGGGGAAUCUGGCCCAAUCGUCUUCUCAAUCUGGCCCACAGACAGUCCAGGAAUCAGCGUGUUUUUACCUGAGUAGAAUGUGUCCUUUUAUUUAAAAUGCAUCUCUGGGUUAUUUGUGGGGCCUGCCUGGUGUUUUUACAUGAGUAGAAUGUGUGCUUUUAUUUAAAAUGCAUCUCUGGGUUAUUUGUGGGGCAUAGGAAUUCGUUCAUCCCCCCCUCCCAAAAUAUAGUCCGGUCCCCCACAAGGUCUGAGGGACAGUGGACCGGCCCCCUGCAGAAAAAGUUUGCUGACCCCUCCUAUAUGUAGCCAGGAAGGGCAUAUUUUUCACCUGAACAAUUCCACACACAAACGCAAACUGUCUCUCCAUAAACAUGAAAAGCAGCAAUUGCUCAGCUGGCAGCAGUUACUUGGCAUAUGUUGAAGGAUGAUGCCAAGAGUAUGUGCCAUUGCUUAACUGUUCAUGUAGCUGGCUUCAGCUAGGUUGCUUGGUUUUGUCCUUUUAUGGGGUUGAGAUUUGCAUAUGCUCAUUCUCUGUGUGAUAGGCCAUAUCAGAUAGGGGAUUGGGGCAUGGUACUUAGGCUAGAUCAUGCACUAGAUCAUGAUCAUGGCUAGAUCAUGCACAAGGAUUGCACAGUCAUUAUGGGACAGGUGGGAUGUUUGGAUUGAGACCUAUGGGCAUCAAGUAGGCAUAAAUUUGAGAAUGGAUGCUUGCAACCUUUAGAUGCAUGGAAAGAAAAGACUAGGGAGGGUUAGACUGAAGAGGCUGUCUGAAAUGUGGUGAAGUAAUAGGGAUGGAGUUUUGCGGCAGAUUGAGGUACCAAAACCAUGACUUUGCAAAUAAUUGUUCCAGAAAGUUUAUCUUCUUAAACACAAACUUAAUUUAUUUACCAACAGCUAUUGUUGUAACUUAAAUGAAAUAAUUCAUUGUUAAAAUUAAGCCUCCUUACUAAUCUUGCUUUUAGUGUUUCCUAAAAGUUCCAAUUAAAAAAACCACAGAUAUGCAUGUGUACAAGGCAGGGAGACCCAGAGAUAUGCAUGUACAUGUCGUGCCAGGAAGAGAAAAUUGCCUUUUUCUGCAAACCACGCCCAUCUGCCCCACACCUGAUGUCAUAUGUGAUGUCAGGUGUAUAGCAGAUAAUGAUGUGAAUACAAAAGUACAGUUCUAAUCUUAAACUGUUAAGCUUGCUGUCAGUGCUGGCUGGUGCUCACAUCAAGCCUCAGGAUCAGCUUGACUGUGGAGUUCCUCUAGUGCAGGUGAUUCCUACCUAAAGUUGGGCUUGAUGUAGCUGCCAUUGGGCUUCAUGUAGUCAGCUGAUUGACACUGUCAGGAAGCCCCACAGGGAGGUCAAGCUGGGUUGCAAAGAAGGAAAGGAAAGAAUGGUGAACAUAGUUAAUAUGUGCUCCCAAUUCUUUCCUUUUGAGGUUGGGUUACCUGAUGAUACGGUGAUGUCAGGUAAUCCGUCUACGUGGAGUAGAAAGCUUGAUCCUGUUCCCCAUUGCUGACUUAAGAUGAGUCCAGCUAGAUCAGCCUUUCCAGUCCAGCUUUCUUUUCCCACAGUGGCCAACCAGGUGAAAAGCCUGCAAGCAAGACAUGAAUGCUACAGCUUUCUCCCUACUUGUAGUCCCCAGCCACUGAUAUUCAGGGGCCUUAUGGCUCUGCUCAUGAAGAUAGCACAUAGCUAUCAAUAACCAGUAGCCACUGAUAGCCUUUUCCUCCAUUAAUUUGCCUAACCCUCUAUUGAAGCUGUCCAAGUUUCUGGUCAUCUCCAUAUCUUGUGGAUGUGAAUUUCAUACCUUAACUAUGCACCUUGUGAAUAAAUAUAUAUUUGUCCCGAAUCUCCCUCCGUUCAGCUUCAUUAGAAGUCCCUCUCUUCUAGUAUUAUGAGUGAGGGAGAAGUGUCUGCAUCACAACAGUUUAUUGCGUAUUUAAGAAACAGGCUACCUUACUCAUAUGUUCCAGGUCAUAAGCUUGCGUGUAUUCUACCACAUAUAAGAAUGCCUGGCAGAUAAAAAUGUACGUAUGCUAAGUAUGUAUGCCAUACUUGUUGUAAAUCAGUCAACCAAGUAGAAAACCGUACCACCCAGAAAAUUCUUUGCUUAUAUUUACUCUCCUGCAGUCUAGCUUUAAACAAGGAAAUUGACACAAGGAAAUUGUGAAGUACUAAUGAACUGACCUCUGGUUACAGAUGCUUCAGGUUACAGACUCCGCUAACCCAGAAACAGUACCUCGGGUUAAGAACUUUGCUUCAGGAUGAGAACAGAAAUCACACAGUGGUGGCGCGGCAGCCCCCAUUAGCUAAAGUGGUACCUCAGGUUAAGAACAGUUUCAGGUUAAGAACGGACCUCCGGAACAAAUUAAGUUCUUAACCCGAGGUAAGGUCUGAACUCAUAAGGCUGUGAUCCAAAAUUUCACUUUAGCCAUGAACUCAAGCCACUCCUAUUCCUUCAAUCCUCAGUCAACAUUUGCAGUACAGGAGCAAUAAUACUGAACUACCUUGCAAAGCUGUCAUUGCCAGAUCUACAAAUUUUGCUCUGGAGGGCAAAGGUUCUGCCCUGCAGCCUCUCCCUGCCCCCUGUCUCUCUGAGAGCAGCAGUGCUGGGUUAAGGGAACAAAGAGGAGCAAGUCUUUAUCCCCUUUGUGCCCCAUUCAGUCUUCCAUAGAAUGUCCCACCUUUUUGCCCGCUCCAGGAAAAGGAAUGUGAGGAGGAGUGUCAAUGGAGGACAAAGGGGAAAAACUUUUUCACCAUUGACUGUUGUCAUUGUCCUGCCACUGGGCUGGCCACUGCAGCUUCACACUUUCCUCUCCUUGGGGUGGAUAAGGAGGAGGCCUUUUCUUGGCCACUGUAGAUGGGCCAUAGCCAACCACACCUCAUCUAUUGUCAGGGCCUGACUUCACCUUUGCAUUCCUGCUGGUUACGCUCCUAGUGUCCACCCACCUCUUUGAAUAUGUGGGAUCUGGCCAGAACAUAAGGGCUGUGAUGUGGCUGCAGUGUGCCUCUGUCCCAUGCAGGAUGCUGUUCUGCUGCCUGGGGCACGUAUCCCCUCUUGCCCCCAGGCCUAAAAGUUAAUCUGCAAAUUAACCUACUAAUAUUAGAGGUGGUGGAUAGAAUGCAUAUGAGGUGCUUUGAAUGCUCAGAAAGCACUUUAUAUAUUGAAUUGUGUACUUAGGCCCUGCUUUCCAUCCAGAAUUGACUCACAAAGUUGUUUACAACAAUUGAAAACCAUCACGAAGAGGCGCUCAAAAAUGUUAGCCAUAAAUUGUUCGUAUGAGAGGAUAUUAUAUAAGAGCUACCCCCACAAAAAACUGAAUAUCCAUCUCUGCAAAAUGACUAUUAAUAUUAUAUAGAUGACAGUACAUAAUAUGAGUGUAAAUACUGACACGAUCUACCACCCCAGAUAUUAACAGAUUAAUAUACUUUCUGGGAGAACCCUAAGCAGUACUAUUUCCCCAUCAUUUCUAAUGCGUUGCAGUAUGUGGUUUAACUGGUUGGUGCUUACUUUCAACACUCAAAUUAAUUCACAUUCUUUACACCCAUUUGAGGAUUGGUUUGCUGGCACAGCGUAAAGAGUGAAGCCUUUGAGUCUUUGCUGAUAAACAUUAAUCAUCUUGGAUAUACAGUAUCAGCAGUGUGAAGCAUGUUCUGGAUUUUUUUCAGUUCUUUGUGACCCUUGGCUAACUGGUGGCAAGAAAAAAUUCCUUAACUAAUAAACAUUGUUUUAAAUAGUCAAAGUCCCUUUUCUUCCAAGGCAACUGUGACACUCAUAAGCUAUGCAGUUACUGCUGGGAAAAUGUAGCCCCAGUGAAACCAAAGCUACAUAGAAAUAAGUCCUAUUGAUCUCAAUGAAACUUCCUUCUAGGAAAGUAUAUUUAGGAUCCCAGUCCUAAAAUCUCACCUCAGUACAGUGUAGCUCAAAGGAAGGGCCACAGCUUUUUCCAUUGCAAGCAAGUAUUGAUCUCUGUCAUUGGCAUCACGCCAAUAUGACCCGAUUAAAAAAUCCAGAAAACAGAUGCAGUGUACCACUACUGGUUCUGUGCGACUUCAGAAUGAAGACGUGAGGGUUACAGAUUUGAAUGCUCUCGUAUGUUAAAAAUAUAAAACACAACCCCCACUCUCUUUCUACAUGGAAGGCAAGCACACCUGCCUGUCUCAGAAAGUCACUGUGCUGGUUUGGAUGCUCAACCACCUACUGGAACUGCCCUAUGUGGUACAAGGUGAACCACUUCAGUACCAGCAUCUUGGACUCUCAAAUCCCCAGCAGCAAAGUAAAAACUGAUGGCUGAUAGUAAAAGAUGCUGGGAGGUCCUGAAGAACCAGUAGGGCCACAAUCCUCCUCCCCAUCUUUAGAUGCCUAUCAUCCUCUUGGGUCACACUAGCAGUUUCUAUCUUGGGUCCUAGCCUACUGGCUCUUUAAGAGGCAUUGGAUAGAGUUACAGUAUUCGCUUUAAAUCUUACUGUCUGGAGUGGCAAGGGUUAGACAUAAAGGCUAUUGCAGUACUGGCACUGCAUGGCUACAGAUCAGAGGGGGAAAUCCAGGUGUUCCAUCACCUACAAUGAUCCUUCGAUGGAAAGUUCUUUGGAAACACAACGAGACUUUAUGGAGAUCAUGCAGCAGUAUAACGAUUAUUUCACUUGUUGGUUGAGGAAAUAGCAUUGAUUGGCCCUAUCUCCAUAAAUGUUGCUUAUGAGCCUUGAAAUGACACUAAAGAAUGACGGAAACAUGAUGUUUCUCCUCAGGUACUUCUCCUUUUGGUGAACUGCAUAUGCAGGCAAUUCUCUUUGAGUGCCACCAGUAAGAUAAGAUGAUGGAUUUAUCUUUGCAGAGUGUGUUUCUAACUCCCAUUUCUGGGUUUCUCUGUAAGUGGUGAAGGCAAGAACCAUACGCCAUGUUUGAUGGGGCUCCUUGACACCAUAUGGGGGGCAGGAGAAAGGGGGGCAGAGAAAGAGAAACUCAACCAUGGGUUAGCACUAUGUGGGCAAACUAAAGUGAGCCCAUCAAGUACUGGUUUUCUUCACUUCCCUUUCUUCCUCUCACAUGGGUGGGAGAUGACUUCAGUCUUCAAAUAACAAUGUCACUUUGUGCAAUACAAAUCAGGAAGCCUGGAUUACAACAAAUUCUGGGAAAUUAAACUGGUCAGCUUCAUAACCUGUUGUCUGACGCCGGCUUGCUUUGAAACCACAGUUUGUUGUAACCCAGGUUACUUAAUCUUAUGAAACAACAGCAUUCUUAAAAAACGAAACUAUCUCCAGGCCACAUAGGAGGGAAAGGAGCGGGGAGUUCUCACACAACUGUUUGCUGGAGCUUGUUGCAUUCCACCCAUGUAGCCUUAAGCCGUGGUUUAGUGUUACACAUGCAAAUGCAGCUCUUUGUGUGUGAGUGCCCCCCCCCUGCUAUCCACAGACCAUCUUCUAUGUCAAUUCUGGAACAAAAGGCUCAUUAAAACAAUCCCACAGCAGCAUAGGAACUGCCUUGUACGGUCCAUCUAACUCAGUACUGUCUACACUGACUGGCAGUGGGUUUCAGGCCCACCUGUGGGUGCCAUGGGGUCGAACUUGUGACCUUCUGCAUGCAAAGCAGCUGCUCUGCCAAGGAAGCUAUGGAGUUGCCAGGAAUCAAACCUAGGAUGUUUGGCAUGCAAAGCAGGCAUUCUACCACUGAGCUAGAGACCCUGUUUUGUUCCUAUAUGUUUUAUAUUUAUCGUAUAUAACUUCAUAUAUAGAAUUAGAUAUAUUUUAAUAUAAAAAUAGAUAAUUUAUAGCUGUAAUAAUGCAAGGAUCUCAAUGUGAGGGAUAUUAAAAAAAUAAGACUAUCAGAUCAAUAAAAUAGAAACAAAAUAGAUGAAGGAGCAGGGACCAAACACCAAAGAAAACCCCCAAAACCCUUGAAUGAAUAAAGCAGCCCACUUAAAGUUCCUGUUGCAAUCAAACAGAAAGCUGCUUCUAAAGCUUAGGAGUUGCUACUUGUUCAGUAGUGGCUACCAGCGUAAUGGUUGGACUGCCAAAAGCAGGGGUCAGCAACCUUUUUCAGCCGUGGGCCGGUCCACCGUCCCUCAGACGAUGUGGUGGGCCGGACUAUAUUUUGAAGGGGAAAAAAAUGAAUGAAUUCCUAUGCCUCACAAAUAGAGGCGAUUGGGCCACAUCCGGCCCACAGGCCUUAGGUUGCCUAAAAAAAGGUAAAGGUAAAGGACCCCUGACAGUUAAGUCCAGUCGCGAAUGACUUUGGGGUUGCGGCUCUCAUCUCGCUUUACUGGCCGAGGGAGCCGACGUUUGUCCGCAGACAGUUUUUCCGGGUCACGUGGCCAGCAUGACUAAGCCGCUUCUGGUGAAACCAGAGCAGCACACGGAAACGCCGUUUACCUUCCCACCGGAGCGGUACCUACUUAUCUACUUGCACUUUGAUGUGCUUUUGAACUGUUAGGUUGACAGGAGCAGGGACCGAGCAACGGGAGCUCACCCCGUCGCGGGGAUUCGAACCACCAACCUUCUGACCGGCAAGCCCUAGGCUCAGUGGUUUAGACCACAGUGCCACCUGCAUCCCUAGGUUGCCUACCCCUAGCCAAAAGGUUCUCAAUGAUUGAACUUACAGAGCAGAGAAGUACACCUGGAAGAAUGUGUUCUCUCUGCUAGUUUCUUAUGCAGUGAGGGCCAGUGCUACUAGGAUGUGCAGCAGAGAUAGGGAAAGAGGGCAUUCUCAUAGCUUGCUUCACUAGGAUUUUUUUUUGUACACCCCCAAAAAUUACCUUUUAAAAAGGCAAAACCCUUGUACAACCAUUUGCAUGGAUUAUCUAUGUCUUGGUUAUUCCGUUUUACUGUGAUGCCUUACUGCUAUCCUAUAAGGAUUGAACUCCGUAAGUUUCCUUAGGGGUUGUAAGAAACUCACCACCACCACUGAGAAAGUAGAGGAGGUAUCACACUUUUGGGCAACACACACACACACACACACACACACAGAGAGAGAGAGAGAGAGAGAGAGAGAGAGAGAGAGAGGUAAUGUGAUGUUAGCUUAAAAGCUUUGUGCUAUAAAUUUAGUUUGCAAAAUACUAAUACUAGGCCAAAAUGACUACUGCAACACUGGCCUCAAAUUAUGAAUUGGGGGGGGGGGGGCUUGCCAGAUAAUACUCUUUGCCCAACUCUGUAAUGAUGAAAUCGAGAUGGGUACAGAAUACCCUUUUGGAGACUUCCUAUCCAACUACAGUGCAUAAUACGUUUGCAUUGUUCCAUUCACUGAUAAUCCACAGAUGAUCAAGUGUGCCUUCCACACCCAUCGCUUGCUAUGAGGUCAUUAUGAAAAAUGCACAUGGGUUUAAUCUGGCGGGCUUUGUAUCUAAGCAGGUGACUCAUAGUGCCACAGCCAAUUUUGUAUUUUUUUGUUAUUAAAACAUGCUAAAUAGCUUCCUGUGAUGAAUCGAAAGAGCUCCUGAACUGGAUGCCACAAAUGACCUUUGAGUUUAGGAUUUCGAGUGCAAGUUUGCUUAGAAAUUGUGGUGAGUUCUUCAGAAAUGUGUUUGUGUAGAUGUAUGGAUGGACAACAGAUGCUCAAACUAGAACCCACAAGCAUACACAAAUUUCUGCUUUUGUAUCAGAGAAAAAGAAAUUUCUGCUUUUGUAUCAGAGAGAGAAAAAGAGGAGAGAAUGAGCUGUGAGGUCCCGAGUUCAAAUUUCACCUCAGCCAUAGGUUAUUCAACUCACCUAAGGCAGGCUACCACCACUUAGCCUCAGUCUGCCAUUUGUUACAAGGGGGUAACAAAACUGGCCUACAUUACAGGGUAACUGUGUAGAUUGCUGAGAUCAUGUACAUGAAUCACUUGAAAGGGUAACCAGGAUUAGAAGUUGAAUUUUCAGUCCUUGGGGUAUAGUGUUGCUAAGUUUGAGUGAUUAAUGCUUAAGGAACCAUGCUGUGACUAGAACUUCCUACAACUGAGAACGAAGUAUACUGGAAACUAACAGAGCAUGCAAAUACUGGAAGGAACAAGAUGCCUCCAGGCUUAGUAAACAUUGCAUCACACGGAAGUUUCUGGAGGGGAGAGCUAAGCCUCAUCUGUUGCAAGAGUAACGUUUUAUACACGUAUGAAGUAAAAAAUGCUAUUGAUUUUGUGUUCCUGAAAAAGAAAAGCGGGUCAUUCGGCAUAAUUAAGUUGUGAGAAUACUGGAUUUCCUAGGUUGCCGCUGGAUUUAGAAUCCAGUGUAAAUUAGCAGGAAUGUAGCCCAGUUCACAGUGAGAAGGUGGAGAUCACCCCUGCAGAAGACCACAAGUUCAGAUAUUAGUUGGUGGGUUUAAAAAUGGGCAUGAGGCAGUUUUGCAACUGUGAGCCUUUGGGUAGCCGCCUCUGCCCCGAAUUGUUAGUUGUAAGUGGUGGCAUAGUAGUAUGGUUGUACCUUGGAUCUCGAACGACUUAGUUGCCAAACGUUUCGGCUCCUAAUCAACAACCAGAAUGGAUUCUGUUCAACUUCCAAGGUACGACUGUCUUAGCAGUAGUGUGGACCUGCGCCACCAACCUCCAUCUUGAUUCCUCCAAGUUCACUUGCUUCUUACAACCAGUUCAGAGGAUAGGCCUGGCUCUCUGCUUCCUCCUUAGCUUUUCCUCCUUUACAACUCAGCAGGAAAAUGGGGACAAAACUAGCAUUAGUUGGCUCUGUUAGUCAUUGGCUCGGCCUCCAUCUGCAGUUGGGUUCCUUGCUUUUUCUCCCACCAGGGCCUAUUACAAUGAGUAAUAGCAGUAAAUAAUAUAAUUAAUGACAUCUGUGGCUUGUGCAUCUAAGGACAUUAGUCAAAAUCUCAUGUCUCCCCCAACUCCCUUUUUGGGUUCUUUAUUUUUUAAGAAAGAAAAGAAAUGGAAAAAAAUGGCAAUAACCCAUGUCGCUUGUACAUUUCAGCUUACAAGCAGUAUCAGAAAAUCCAAGAUCAGCAAAAUAUUACAAUUUCAGAACAGUUUCUGUGUUUCCUCCCUCUCAGUUCCCUACUGCAGCUUUACAGAAUAAAUCUUGAACACUGAUGCCCCUGCUUUCUGUGCAUUGAUUUCGUUCAUUCUGCAUACGUAAUAGAUGGGAAACAUUUUUCCAGAAAGUUAUCCAAGCAGAAAGGGUUACAUGGCCCAUUAAUUUGAGCUACAGUUUGUCCCCAGCUAAAAAGUCACAUGUUUUACCAAGCCAACUGCAGUGGUACCUCGGGUUACAAACACUUCGGGUUGCAAACUCCGCUAACCUGGAAGUAGUACCUCAGGUUGAGAACUUUCCCCCAGGAUGAGAAUGGAAAUUGUGCGCCGUCGGCACAGCAGCAGUGGGAGGCCACAUUAGCUAAAGUGGUACCUCAGGUUAAGAACGGUUUUGGGUUAAGAACGGACCUCCGGAAAGAAUUAAGUUCAUAACCCGAGGUACCACUGUAGUAAUAAGUGGCAGAUGCUUGCCUUCCCAACUACUGGUAGUUGCCCCUUGCAAAUUUAGCAAACAAUAUCAACAUGAAUAUUUUAUUUAUUUAUGGGCAGUAUCCAGGGGCUUUGUUCUGUUAAAAUAAAGAAUUACGCUUGCACAAUGGAACUCCUCCCCUCUCCUCUCCCCUCCCUGUACCCUUCCCUAAACUCCAGAGAAUUGAGGGAAACACCAGAACAGAUUUAGGGGAUGCACAGGGGAAGGAGAGGGAAGAAAGCUCUGUUGCGCAAGGGUAAAUUCUUGCACUAAUGGAAUGAGAGACUUGGUGCUUCUUUGAAUGCAAGAUGAUUGCUUGGGGCUUCUCAUUGCAUUUUAUCCCCACAUCCUUCUUCCUGUGACAGAUCUAUUUAUUAUUUAAGUAUAUAUCCUUGUGGAAUCCCCAAAGUAGCUAAUAACAAAAUAUACAACAAAAUGCAAAAUAAAUCAUUAAAACAUAUGCCAUCAUACCAGGUCACAUUUUCAUACCAUUUCUCACGUAUCUUGAAGGAGGUUGAAAUACACCAUUUGAAAUGCCCAUUUAUUAGUACUGACCCAUUUAUUUAUUUAUACUUUUUAUUUAUUGCAUAUUAUGAAUAAAUAGACAUAAUUAAUAAUUAAUUUUUAGAUGUACAAUAUAUAAUCUGCUCUAAGAGUGUUAGUAUUUGUUACAUCUAAAAAUUAAUAAUUAAGUCUAUUUAUUCAUAAUACGCAAUAAUUAAAAAGUAUAAAUAAAUCAAUCACAUGUCGUGAAGUAAGGCCAACAGUCCUCAUUCCUCAAAUGGUUUACCGGUAAUAAAUAAUUAAACAUUCAAUUUAUAAAUGCAGUGAAUUUUUCAUUGAAACGUACUCCUUGGCCUAAAAUGCUUGGUUCCCUCUUUAACAGGCUCCAUUUAAUGUCUCGAAAUCUUUCCUUUUCCUUUAGCUGACUAUUAAUUUUAUAAUAUACAGUUGUUCCCAUAGCUUUCUUCCAAGAUCUGAUUUGUUGAGUUUCCAGUUGCUUUUCCGUGACUUCGCAUACAAAAUCCUGGCUGCCGUGAUUAUAUAUAGUGCUGGUUUUGAUGUUCUGGUGCUACAGUACAUGAGUAUAAUGGUAUGGGGUUGCUCGUGCGUAAGUUGCCGCCUCUCCUGGCUAUGUUGCCUGGUUAAACCUUUCUGUCUGGACAGCCCUUCAAUUCGUGGCUGCCUCAGUCGCUAGCAGAAUCCGUCAGUGGGCGUUUCUUAAACCUUUUCCAACAUAAAAGUUGUUUGACACCCAGUCUCCUCCUCCUUUCUCUGCGCGGAAGUCUCCUGCGCAGGGAGGGCGUGGGUAGCGGAGGACCAGUGCUCUCUCCGCUGGUGUCCGGUGAAGAGUCUGGGAGCCCUCUCUCCAAUUCCCCCAUCUGCCCCUCCUUAUUCCUGGUGUUGCACUGAAUUGCUUCCCCAUCUGCUGAGCUGCCUCUCUCCCUGCUGGGCCCUUCUCCAGCAUCAUUAGAGAGCCUCCCCUCCACCUCUAGCUCCGAUGUCAGUUCCCUGACAAUGAGUUUUUUACAUAGUUCAGCAGACAUAAAAGAGGAUCCAGUGGAACUUUGUACAGCAAUUACCAUAUCCCAAAACCUCUUAGCUUUGCUAUAUCCUUAUCAUAACCACAAAAAGUCUCCCUUAUCUGUGUCGCAGGGCCAGCACUUAACCAUUCCCCUUUCUUCUCAACUUUAACUGACUUCCAGGGAGCCCAGUGCCACUGAGGUAACAUCUUUACAGAGAUUCCCUUAUAGUUAUUUGCAACUGAGAAAGUAGCCGACUUGGAGAAGGGCUUGUCAACCUUUUGCAGCCCAACAUUUGGAAACCUGAGAAACUGUUAUGGGAGACUACGCCCCCCAACCACUGCAACCCCUUCAUCUCUUACGACAGUGUGGUCUUCUCAUGAUAGGCGUGGGUGAACUCACAGGAGGAAAUCUUUAACAAUGUAGUAAGGCUCAGAUGUUUUGUAAGGUAAGACAGGACCAGCACAAGGCAAGUCUUCUUUACUGGUCCCCAUAUGGAUUUGGGCCUUAACUCUGAUCUUAAGCCAACAAGUUUUUUGAUCAUUGGAUAACUGUUAAAUUGACCAAACAACUUGAGAGUAUGGGGAAAACUAGCUGUCAUGGCUAAUGACCUAUUUUCAGACAAUGUAUCCUGUUCCUCUACAGGCCCAGGGUGCCUCUGUUUGUUAAGGCUUGGCACAAGAGGGGGUUAACUCUGUUUUGACAACAGGCUACUGGCACUGCUCUCUCAAGAACGGAAGCCCCCGAAAAGCAGAACAAGCUUGCGGUGACAUUGUGGUGAAGCUUCAAGCUGCUGACAGAUUGGUCAGAGGCGGAAAAUUUCCUCACUUGACUCACUACGAUAUUGCGGAGAUGGUGGAAGGAUCUAAGGCAUCUUCCCAGAAGAAGGGUAGUCUAAGGCUGCAGUCCCUAAACACACUCACUAGCAAGUAAGAAGUAUUGAACACAAUGAGUCUUACUUCUAAGUGAACAUGAUAGGACGGUGAGGAAGGAACAACUCAAAAGCGUUGUUGUUGUUGUUUAGUCGUUUAGUCGUGUCCGACUCUUCGUGACCCCAUGGACCAGAGCACGCCAAGCACUUCUGUCUUCCACUGCCUCCCGCAGUUUGGUCAAACUCAUGCUGGUAGCUUCACGAACACUAUCCAACCAUCUCGUCCUCUGUCGUCCCCUUCUCCAUGUGCCCUCCAUCUUUCCCAGCAUCAGGGUCUUUUCCAGGGAGUCUUCUCUUCUCAUGAGGUGGCCAAAGUACUGGAGCCUCAGCUUCAGGAUCUGUCCUUCCAGUGAGCACUCAGGGCUGAUUUCCUUAAGAAUGGAGAGGUUGCUAUAAAAGCGUUGUAGCAACCUUUGAAAGCUUGCUUUUUUGAAGUAGAAGGAGGGUUGUGAUGUAAACCAGGUGGGGACAACCUUUUGUCAGGGUUUAAAUUCCUUUGGGGUAAUUUGUUGGGAUGCAUGUUGACACUGAGUGGGACCAGAGAUAAAAAUGUUUUGGAAUAAAGAGCCUCCUGCUUCAUUUUUCACUAGCAGUGGUCGCUGGUGCCCAUUGGGACUGGUAGGGGAAAAGGCUGGGAAACCAACAGUAGGCAGAGCACGAGCCAACUAAGGUCACAUCCACACUAUACACUUAAAUACAUCUUAGGCCACUUUAACAGUCAUGAUUCCUCCCCCAAAGAAUCUUGGGAACUGUAGCUUGUGUGCAAUAUAGCUAAAUUUCCUAGCAAACUAUAUUUCUCAGGAUACUUUGGGGAGAGCCAUGACUGUUAAAGUGGUAUAAGAGGGCUUUAAAUGCAUGCUGUGGGUGUGAUCUGAUUUUAGUUUUGCUCCUGUCCUCCUCCCUGUUGAAUCCUGCAAAGGCAACAUGGAGACUAAGGAGGAGGAAACUGACAGGCAGUGCUAUCCCUUGAGUUGGACAUAUAGGAAGAAGGCUGGACAGGCAGGGGCUGGUGAAGGGCAGGCUGAGGUUGGUGUGGCAGUGCCACAUUUUCCCACAUGGACCAGCCUCCCCUCGAUGCCAGGUUGGAACUGGAAUUCUGUCACAUGGGAUGGCAUUAUUCUCCUCCCUUUUUUAUGUUGUGUGCCCUAUGUAUAAGUUAACGUGGAGGAAAUCAUUUAUGGGCACACUUGGAAACACAAUAAAGCCCUCCCCCCACCCCUGUAGCUGAGGCCAGAAACACUGAAUGGGUUGAAGUGAUAAAAUGCAUAAAAGUUGCCUCUUAAUCAUCAUUGCAUCUGUUAUAGCAGUGUCUGUGUCUGUGUCUUUCAUUUGUGUUUGAGUCCUGUAGGAAAGAGAACUUGCUCAGAGCCAUCAUGUUUCAGACUUGUUACCACCUCCCUUUAUGGAAACAUUUGAAAAGAAAGCUAAGAUAUUUGGGAUAUCUGCAAGAAGUUAAGGGCGCAGGGUAGUGUUUUGAGUGUCCAAUGAGCUACAGGUUCACCCCGUUCUACUGUAUUUGAAUCCCAAUUCAUGUCUCUCACAUAACCUUCCGCUAUUUUAAAAAGGUAAAGGUAAAGGGACCCCUGACGAUUAGGUCCAGUCGUGACCGACUCUGGGGUUGCGGCGCUCAUCUCGCUUUAUUGGACGAGGGAGCCGGCCUACAGCUUCCAGGUCAUGUGGCCAGCAUGACCAAGCCGCUUCUGGCGAACCAGAGCAGCGCACGGAAACGCCGUUUACCUUCCCGCUGGAGCGGUACCUGUUUAUUUACUUGCACUUUGAUGUGCUUUCGAACUGCUAGGUGGGCAGGAGCUGGGACCGAAUGACGGGAGCUCAUCCCGUCGCAGGGAUUUGAACUGCUGACCUUCUGAUCGGCAAGUCCUAGGCCCUGUGGUUUAACCCACAGCGCCACCCCCGUCCUUAUUUUAUAACACUUUAAUUAAAUAGCACCGCUAUUUUAUAACACCUUAAUUAAAGAGCAAAGGUACUGUAAAAUCUUCGAUGCACCUUCAUUGUGUGUGUGUGUGUGUGUGUGCAUGUGUGUGUGUGUGUGUGUGUGUGUGUGUAGCGUGUGCUGGCAUUUGCAUACUUCAUCAUUUUGAUAAUCAUGAAUACUCUGACACAUGGAAAGGUGGAACGGGAAAUUAUUUGAAUGUACUAGUCUAGCAUGGCAAGGAACAGCUGCCUGAGGUUUUGCUAGAGGAGACAGUGCAUAUUCUCACCCCUCCACAGCUUGCAAUUGCCCCUGAGGCCUGGAUUAAAUGCAAUAAUUGUUCCAAUUAAAUUGCUGUCAGUAUUUUAAUAGGCAUAACUGCAUGUGCCAUCAGUGGAAAGCACGGUUUGCAAAAGCAAAAUAUACUGGUGGCGAAAAAGUUCACAGUUGAAUUGGAUUGCACCAAUAAAAUUACUUUUGUAAACAAGUGGUUUUUUCCACUGAGCAGUAUAUAGGCUGAUAAGGUUGACAUCUCUCCCUAUGUACUUAUACACUUAUGUCAGGUUGAUUCAUGAUGAUAAAAGAAAAUGACGGCACAGCACAGGCUGUUUGCUUGUGCCUAUGUUACAUAGGAUGGUUUCUGGGGCAGUGAUGGUACGGCAACCUUCUCACUCAGAAGCAGUUGUUAGUGGGCAACUGGCAAACUGAUGUAAGUCUCCCAGGCCUCAGAAAUGAACUUUCUCUUCUUAAGGGAAGGGUGGGUUCUGUAACAGCAAAAGUGUUUGAAUACUUAAAAGUUACCAGCUUGUGGCUUGUUUUGAGAGGAGCAAGCUGUGCAAAUAUUUUGCCUAUGCUGAAAUACCAAAACUAUAAACAUUUCUAAAAUGGCACCCAGUUUAUAGGGUAGAACGUUUCCAUUUUUUCCUCUUUUCAUGAUGGAUAAGAGUGUGUGUAUACAUUGUACUUGGUUGUGUCAUGCCACACAAUGGCAGGCCAAACAGCUGCAGAGCAGGCAUGGGGAACCUUUAGCCCUUCAAAUGUUACUGAACAACAGCUCUCAUCAACCCCAGGAAGCAUGGCCAAUGGCCAGGGGUUGUAAAUCACUAACAUCUGGAGGGCCAAAGGCUCCAUACAUUAGAGCCUCUACAAACUGUUACUGUUCCUUGCCAUAUGAAAAAAUGCAGGUAUGAAUACAGGCUGAACCAAAUUGAAAUUUUGUGUGAAUGCAGAAUUCGUAUUUUUAGAGGAAUGGAUCUGUAAUGUUUUUAGGAUGCUGAGUGAAAGCACCCAGUAUUUGUUGGAAGACAAUUUUUUUGCAAGUCAGGAGUAAGGAAGAUGGCAGCUGAGAUACAAACUGAGUGAGCCAUAACUCCAGUGGCAUUUCAAAGGAUUCUGGGGUGUACAUUGUAACUUGUGCCAGAGUGCCAAAGACUAUAUUGUGUAUAUUUUGGUUUCAGUAAGGGACUUUCUUGCCUUAAUUAAUUAAUUAAUUAAUUAGUUUAUUUAUUUGUGACUCUUUUUACAUGAGGCAUUCUAAAUUGAUUUACAACAGAAUAAAAUAUUUAUUAGGCACUGUACAUAAAAGUAAGACUUUUGGAAGUGAAGACGUAAGAGCACAAGGGCUGAUAGGUUUGUUCUGAGAUAACUUGGGCAGUUUUUACAUGCUUAAGAAGCAUCACUUUGACAAAACCUGAGAAACUCUGUAUUAGUACAUUCUGUUAGGUUUCCUCAAAGGAGGAAAUUGAAGAAUAACUUUUAAUUUACAACUGGUUGGCAUACGCCUGUGGAAGUCCUAGAGUCAUCUAGGGUUAAAAAUUGCAGAUGGAAUUAAAGUUUCUGUAUAACUUGAUGAAGAACAGAUGCCAGAAAACAAUGUGGGGGGUGAGUGGGAAUGUUUGGGUUAUCAUUACAAUCUCUCUUCUCCCCGACCCCAAGCAUGCAAGAAUGCAUAUUGAAACCAUAGCUGUUUGAGAACCCAAAUUGUUACCUGGAGGACAUGCAAUUUUUGGUUGACAAAAUUGCUGCCGGAUUGGAAUGCACAAGAGGGCUUGCAACUUGAAGACCUUAUUAAAAAGAAGAAUCCACUCUUCCUCUUAAAAAAAAAAAAGGUUUUCCAUUUUCCUUUUUGUUUCCUUUUCUUAAAAAAACCCCCAAACUUCAUCAGUUUAAUGCACGGUUGUUUGAUUCCUGCAAGCCUUGGUGCACAAACAGAAUACUACUCUAUUUAUAAACAAAGGGGAAAAGAGGAGUGCAGAUGAGCUUGACGCCACUUUAGCAUAAAAUUGCAGGAGUAAACAAGGUUAAUUAUGUGACUGGGGGGAAAUAUCUGGGAAAAGCUGGAGCUUCUCUGCAGCAUUUGCAAAUGGUGGUUAAUGUAAUGUUAAAUGUUGAUUUAAACUUCCCUGGUUGAAUAUUUGAUGAGGAGUUGCCUGCUUACCCUCUGUUUCGAAGAUGUUGCCUACCUUUGGGCAGAAGUCUUUGGUUUUAUCAGGGUGAGAUGCUGCUUCUAUAAGUGAUACCACAUCCAUUGGGAUAGAGACAGAAGAAGUCAACAUGUCUGAAUAAUAGAACUCUGGAAGGUUCAGAAUGGACCCCAGCAAUGAUCAGUAUUGGUUGAUGCCUGCGGUAUAAGCCCAUUUUCAAAAGGUUAAGGACCAGGAGCGUUUUCUAGCUUUUUCUUUUAAACACAGUACUUGAACCUUCUAAUCUACAUCUGCUACAUUGUGCCAAAGACAGUAUUGCUGUUGUGAUAGAUGUGGAAAUCACAUGAUUGGGGAGAGAACGACAGUGUGACGUAGCUACUCUUGCUAAUUAGAUGAGUACUACCCAAGACCAUCGUAUGACAACAGUUGUGAUUUUAAAUCUUCAAACAAAAUGAAGCAAGAACUAAUAAAGACCAAGUUCUGUUCAUUUAGGAACAUUUAGCUGAUUAAAGAUUGGAAGCUUGCUUUGUGUAAACCCCUCCUGAACUUCCACUUUAUCUACACAAGUCUACACAUGAUAACACAAAUGGGUUUUUAUUUUUUCACAUGCAUGAGCCCCAUGGAGACAUGGUGGAAAGAGUGAUCAGAUGAGGAGGAGUGGAGGUCCUUCCAAGGAGGGCCUGAGUGACUUGGGAAGUAAAGACCUCGAUCCGGGGAAAAGACCAAGUGGGUUGUCAGAAGAGCGGCACACUUCAGCGUCAUAAUGUAAUCCAGGUGCAACAUCAUCACCAUCCAAGGGGCCCCAGUGCCUCUCCUUAGCAGCAAGGAGGCAUCACUCUCAGAGGAGGCACCAAAGGAUAGAUGUGAGAGCAAGCUGGCCCCAUUAUCUCUGUUUCCAUCUCCCAAGAAUGCAGAGGUGACAGCGCUGGCAGGACCAUCCUCUGCUCACUCAUAGCACUUGCUUGGCCAGCCCUGAGACCUGGGGAAACGAUUGCACAAAUGACGUGCCUGUCCCACUUUUCAAAAGGGAAGCCUAGGGGGUGAGCCAAGUGAUGGAACAACGCCUCAGCUUGCCCCUAGCCAUGCGUUGUAGAGCUCUGCUGUGCUUUAUGAACCUGUCCCCUGACCUAUGUUGAGAUGCUGUACUGAAUUUUCAACUAAAGCUUUUACAGCUCAUCCACACUUCUGCUUGUGCCUAGAAAGCACAGGUCUGAGCGGUUUUCCCCUUACCCCACUCCUUUCUGAGGGAAAACCCACUCUUUAGCGAUAGGUGUCCAUCUGGAGAAAACCUGAAUUGCCGUUUGCGUCAGUGGAACACUAAAGAGAGGUUUCCCCCUUCGUUGCAGCUCCAGAGCCAGGAGUCCCAAGUCAGCAAGUGGGAGCCAUGACAAUAUAUAUUCUGGCCUUUUUUCAAAGUGGGGAAUGUGGAUUGGCUUUCAGCAGCAAAGGCCAGAUCUGUCUGUCUGCCUUUCUGUUCAUGCAGAAUCCAUUCACCCGUGGCCGUAAUGUCAUAGUAGUGCUGGUCAUUUUUCUGUAACCGAAACCCUGACCUGUGUCUUGUCAGGCUCAUUGAGAGGAGCGGGGAUUCAGUCUGUGGCAAUUAGGUAUUUGGAAUCACCUCUAUCUUUUUUGGGGGGUGGGAGCAAAAUCUUGAUUUUUAUUCCUAUUUUUAUCAUUGCUUCCUGAUUCACAGGACACGUACAAGAAUAACAGGACACUUACAAUAUUCUUAGUCAUCAAGAAAGUCCCCGUGUAAAAAGUUUGCAAGUAUUCCAGUUCACAGUCUUCCUUGAUGAGGGAUGAUCAUUACUUCAGCUGUUGAGAUUUUUUGAUUUUAUUUUAUUUGCCUGUUAGAAACAAGAAUGGCGUCUGAAUUGAGUCUUUGUGAGGCUUCAUCUAGUGAGUUGCAGGGGGGGAAACCGUAUAAAUGACUAUCUGCCCUGAUGAAAAUCCUCAAUAGAGCCCAUUGUUUUUUAUAUGGCUAUUAUUGGAGAUGGCUGGAUACUAAAUGAUUUUAACCACCAGGCUGAAAAACGUCUGUGUUGGGACACACUCUCUCUUUCUCUCUCUCUCUGCUGGGAUAAUGACACUGCUUUGAAUUCAGAUAUGGAAUUUAGUUAAGGGGAGUUAAAGAUCUGCUGUUCUACCCAUUGUGUCUGUCUCGGAGACAGUGGAUCACUUUAGGGUUUGUAACAGUGACCCUGUUGUCUAGUUCAGUUAAUCUUUUAUUGCUGGUUUCAAUAAAGUACCAUUGUGGGUUAAAUUUACUGGGUCACCAGAAAAUGCUGCUAACAGCAUUUGAACAAAACAGAAGUCAAGAUGGCUAAUUAAGGCCUCUCUUCUUGUUUUGACUCUUCUAGUCAGCAGUGACUGCUGGGCUCCACAGAUUUCUUUUUCGUUUUAGGCAGUUUGACUUGUAGAGUGAAUUGAAGGGAGGGGGCCAGGAUUGCAUUCAUUGCUCUCAGUCUAUUCUCAUUCAGCUUAAUCUGUGAACAGACCAUAGAUGCCUUCCAUACAAAGCUUUGCACAUGAUCUGUGGUCCUCCAAGAUGUUGCUGGACAUUCUUAGUGCACUUCUGAUUUAUGUAAGUUGACAGUAUAAACUUUGAAUGGCAUCUGACAUGUUCGAUGCAUGUGCCAGAAUGGGCUAACAUAAAUUCUGCUCUGUUUUUCUGUAUUGCUCAUUCCCAAAUUACAAGCCAGGAUUUCUUGGUUAGUUGCUGAUCGUUAUUCAUUUGGCCUCUUAAAAAGAGCAGAGGAAGCAUCUCUUUUUUUAUUUAGGGUUUAGAUGAACAAGUGGAAACCAGAGAGAGGGUAUAAAAUAAUAAUAAUUCCCAGUCUCUCUUUAAGCAAAAAUUAAUGGGAGAACAACCCUGAGCAAAGCAUCACACACACACACAGAGAGAGAGAGAGGGGGGGGGGUUAGCGUGUUCUGCCAUGUAUCAGAAUGACACCUCUUCCUUGGAAAGGAUCACCAUUUUUUUGCAUCAGAAAAACCUGUAGUGUUUUUGCCAGUCAGAAAAGGGGAUUUCCACACUUAAGGUUGCAUGGCAAUGUGUGAGUGACGUAGUCCUGUGCAAGCAGGGAGACUGAUUUGUGUCCUUGAAUUAUUCCUUGCCCAGUUCCCCUCUCCUCGCUCUUUUUGAGCUUUCUAGUAUCGUGUGCAGGCACAACAGUGCAACUAUGAAUGACAGUUAAAAUCCACUAAUAAGGAUUUAUCUUCAUGGCUGCAGGCAAGCAAGUAGAUUCCCAUUCAUGUCAAAGGAAGGAUGCAAGGGCUACUCACAGUAAAUUCUGUGAAAUGCAACAUGAAUGAAAAUCACGCAACAAGGACAGCUUAGCAGAGUGUGCAAAGCCGUCUCUCGAGACACACAAUGUUUUUUGAAGGUUAUACUGUAGGUAUGGCGAGUACUUUAAUUUUAAUGAGGGAAGAUUCCUUGAAUAUCUGGUGAGUUUCUGACUCCUCUGAAGAGGUUCUUACUGGGAGAUGGCUAGUCUGUGCCCUCUCUCUUCUCUGUUUACUAAAUAUUCACAAAAACGGAAAUGUUAAUAAAUAACUAAGUCCUGAUCUUGGUUGCUGUUUUACUUGCUUUCACUUUUGUUGUUUUGAAAUCCAUUUUUAAAAAGACAAAGAUAGCGCACCAAUGAUGACUGGUUCUAGGUCUUUAAACUUGACCAUUGUAAUAUGCAAACAAAAAACUAGCUGGAAAGAUUUCUUUAUCCCCUGCUUUAGAGAUAGCUGAAGUCUGGUGGUAACAGAAGUAAUUAUUAACUUUGAAUGGAACCCUGUCACAUGGGCAGAGAGAAAAAGCUCCUGGCAUAAACAGAGGGCAAUAAAAUGUCCCAUAAACCUUAUCACUAAGAAGUAAUUGCUUUCUCCUGCUAAUACAUUCAGUAUGGGGAAUAGUGACUAUGAGAUAGAUAUCAAACCUAGUGGAAGAAACCUAGAUUAACCUUGGCUACAUCUCAGUCCACAUAUAGCUUAAAUAGGUGGGGUUUCUCUUUUUUUCUAGGCUCCUGGGACUUCUGUCUCUGGUGUAGAAAGGGCUUCUUUCUGGCAGGGUGAAAGAAAUGACAGUCUGAAGCAGCUGCACUCUGUACCCAAACUUCCCCCUUCCCUUCGGUUUUCUGCUGCUCCUGCAGCUUUUCACAUCUGCCAUUUGUGGGUGCUCCCACCCAUCAACCAUGAAUUCCCAUCAAUGAGGAAAUUGCAUUUUUAGCAUCUUACAGUGUCACAACCUCUGUUUUGGCAUCACACUUUUCCUAACUCAAAUUAGGAGCUGAGCCCUAGUGUAAAAACAAGGCUGAGGGCAGUGGAGUCUCAUCUGUGCCUGCAAAAUAUAUUCGCAUCUACUGCUUUGGAUUAAAUAUUCUGAGUUACUAUAAAUAGUCAGGUUUUCUUCUCCAAAAUGUUCACAAUGGCUUUCUUCACUUUAAGCCGCCCAGAGAGAGAGAGAGAGCACUGUACAGUUUAUUAUUUUGUAUUGAGAAGGACCUCUGUUAGGGACAGCUAAGCAGAGAUUGUGAUGGGGCAAAGAGAGUAGCUAAGCCAAGCUGCACUUCAAACCUAAAUUAUAUUCUGGGAUAUUCAUUUAUGUUAACAGUUCCCAGUAUCUAUAUCCAUAAGGUUGUCUGCAAUAUUAAAUUUGUUACUCAUUUUUAAAUGCUCUUAGAAAUCUUGCUUUCUCUUACCUCACUGUUAUGUUCCUAUUCAGUUUUUUUAAUUAAAAAAAAUACUUUACACAAAGCAGCCCCAGAGAGUUGGAAACCCCCUUGAAAUGGUUCGGAUACAGUACCAGAGGCUGCAGUGGGAGUGUGUAUCAUGAGAAAUCAGGUGGGACCCUUUGUGCAAGGGUAAAUCUAGAUCCAGUCCCAUGAAACGGGGCUAUUAGUGUAGUAUUGUUCAACAAUAGCAACAUGCACAUGUUGCAUGCUUUAAAAAAAGAAUGCUGUCUCACAAAUAUGAAUUGUUUGUUGUUAAUGAAAUGUUUGUACUGUUUAAUAUAAAUAAAAACCUCUAAUCCGUUUACAUAAAAGCAGUUAAAAAUAUAGCAACAUUCAAUAACGGUUCCUAGAAACUGGAUAAGUAAAAACAAAACUAAAGCUCACAAAUAAAACAGACCUGGGUAUGGAAACGACAAGUGAAAAUUAUGAGUCAAACUCCAGGAACUUUUGGGAAAUCAGAGAACACAUUUUAAAUAUGAUUACUUAUAGGAAUGUGUGGCAACUUUUUUCAGUUUGGGGGAUGCACACAGAGGAUGCUCAUUCAUAAUUUACAAGUGUCUAUUGGAAAAGUAAGUGGUGACGUAAAGUAAAUGAUAAAUUAUUAGUUAAUUGAUGGACUUUAUUAAAUAAGUCUUCCACAUGAGAUUUUAUGGAUUACUUAGCACUGGAUGCUGAGAAGCUUUACAAGCUUCGGGUGAGACAUCUCAGCAGCCACUUGGCCUUGACUUGUGAGCACCUCUGAGCUCCAGUCUCUGCCAGUCACUCAUGGGAAUAAUUGAGCCCUUCCAGAAGUGCUAACAUGGAGAUUAUGAGGAAAUGCUGGAGGAUACAUUAGAAAUCAGCUACAAGGACACUUGAAUUCCUGCCUCCCCCCCCCCCCCAAAAAAAAAAACUAGUGGGGAAAUGGCACAUUGCAGGCCACCAGAAAAGAGAAGUUUGGUUAAAAAGCAAAUGCAGCCGCCACAUUGUCGGGGGUCUUAAGAGGCCUGCUAAAAAUCUCUUGGAGCGCAGCAGCUGGGCCACAGGUUGACCAUACCUGACCUGUACUUGGGCACAUGCUGGCGUUGCUCAGCCUGUUUCACAACAGAAAUCUGCGAGUGACCAACUAUCAUGAUGGCAGGCUUCUAGAUAGUACUAAACUUCUCCAGGUUUCCAACCAGUUUGUGUGCUCUGUUGGGGUGGUUGCUGACAUGAAUCUCCUAUUUAUAACGAAGCAACAGACAGUGUUUGCCAUCCUCAGGAUUGGAACUAGCGCUAGGCUGUGAUUCUGGAUCCCCUCAAGAGUUUUUCCAUUGAAAAUCUCUCCAGAGUGUUGCCUUGUGGAUGGGACCUCCUGCUUUGCCUUGUUUCAGCUUUUUGCUAGGGCUUUGAUGCCAUUCAUCCUCAUGGACUACUCCUCACAUUGGAGGGGGGGGGCUGGAGAUGGCUGGAAUAGCUAUCUAGCCGCAAUGGUUCUGCAGUGAAGUGGGUGGGCAGGCGAAAGGUCUGCUAUGUUGAAUGUAUUCUGGCACUGACAGCUCAGUAUCUGCUCUCUAAGCUCCAGUGAUAAGAUUAGCGAUGAAUAUUCAGGAGUUACCUUUUAAUAUUUAAAUGCUUACAUAAUUUCAUUUGAGAUCUCUUCAUGCACCAAAUUAACUGGGGGGGGGGUCAGUUUGUAUAUGCAUUCCCCUCUUCCCUACAAAUGGGACAGAAUUCAUUGAGCUUGAACACACACUGCACUACCAACAAAAAGCCCUUUUAAAAAAACACUCGUCUGCUUUAACGGAUAUUUGGCUGCCGAACAAAAUAAGCUGAAGAGGCUUGGAUUCCUCAGCAUCCUGCAACAUGCUUUCCAUUCCAAAUGGUUUGUGAAAUUAUGAGCUGGUUAUUUAGAGUUCGUGGAAAGGUCAGAACAUAGAAUUCUGCCGGAAGAGAGAUCUCCACCCCACCCCACCCCUGGUUUACAUUUGGGAUUUUCUUAUAUUUCCCCAUGUUGCUUACGCUUUCCAAACGCUCUUAUAAUGCCGAACUUUUCUUAAAGAGAGAGUCAAAGCAUCAUAUUUAUGACAUGGGAAUCAUUGGGGAUGCUUUUUAACCAUUGCAUUUUGGCUGCUUGUGGGGGAACUGAUCAAGUUGAUUGCUAAGUGGCCCUUUCCAGGUGUUUAGGGACUGCACAGGGAAGUGGAAUCAGGAUCCCCUCUCUGUGUGUUUGCUGACUUUUCUGAAUGCCAGUCAUAAUGAAAGCGGGCAAUUUCAACAGACCCCUGUUAAAACGCACACACGCACACGCACACGCACACACACACACACACACCAGAACUAUAAAAUCCCUUGGUGUGUUGGCCCUUUGGCAUGGGCAGCCAAGAACACAGGUUUCUGGAGGUGCAAGUUUGAGUGGAAUGGGAUCAGAGCUAGUGGGAAGACGCUGCACAGGUAUUGUAGUUCUGUUUGAUUUAAAACUGUCAAAGGCCCAUCAAUUAGCAAACUUGGCCUUGAUUCUAAGAUAUGUUCAGUGGGGGUUACUAUAAGACUAAAUGCUACUAGGAAUGUAGUUGUGUGAUACAAGAAUUGUGUGACUUUAAGAACUUGAGCUUGCAUUUCCCUCCUCUGUCCCAUUUCUUUUUUCUUUGCGUGUCAUGUCUUUUUUAGAUUGUGACCCUGAGGGCAGAGUUGUCUUACUGUAAGCUGCUCUGAGAACCUUUUUGGCUAAAGAGUGGGGUAUAAAUGUCUGAAAUAAAAGAAGGUAGAAAAAGGGGCAAUAUUUUCUGAGCUUCUCCCAGCAGCUGACCCAGAUAAUCACAUCUUCUCAGUCCCCAAAGAAGUUGAGGAAACUUUGCCAGAGGUUUUCAGACUUAUCUGGAUUUUCUCUUUUAUACAUUCUUAAGUUUGGUGCAAGUGGUUUUGAACACAAAUGCCACAGAAUGUCUAUCAAAACAAAUGUUUGUCAAAACACUUCUACUGUAUUUGAGAAUACCUGCUUGCCUUCGUCCUUGAUCUGAAUCUUAGAGAGUCAGUUGCUGGUUUAUUGGAGUAAAUGGUAGCUUAAGUUAUUUGUUGUCAAAUUCUAAGUCCUGACUUGGAAAGCACUUCUUAGCUGACGGAGCCGCACUUUUGUGCCGUCUCCGAUAUAAAUCUGCCCCUUAAAUAAACUUUCUGCAGAAACACAAUGAACUCGCUUACUAACAAAGUGUGGAAGGAAAGGAAAGUAGUAAUAUAUGAGUUAGAAUCUCAAAUCUGGGAGCACCAGGCCAGUAAGAAGACUGUGUGAAGUUGGGCCUUCUUAAAAACUGUUAAAUGAGAAAUGCCAUGUGCUGGGUUUGAAAACUCCCAAUAUAGGAUACUUGACUGAAUCAUUGUUCCUCAUUGCACUUUAUAUCAUUCAUUUUCCAGCUUGGUAGUAGAGCAUCUACUUCCCAUCCAGAAGGUACUAGGUUCAGUCUCCAGCACCCACUCCUCUGUGUGAAAAGGGCUAACUGCUUUAGUAGGACAGUUAAGAUAUUUGAUGACAGCUCUUUGAUAUGGGCAAUCCGGUGAGUUAAAUACAGUGGUACCUCGGGUUACAUACGCUUCAGGUUACAGACUCCGCUAACCCAGAAAUGGGUUCUGGAUGAGAACAGAAAUUGUGCUCCGGUGGCGUGGCAGCAUCAGGAGGCCCCAUUAGCUAAAGUGGUGCUUCAGGUUAAGAACAGUUUCAGGUUAAGAACGGACUUCCGGAACGAAUUAAGUACUUAACCCGAGGGACCACUGUAAUGGUAAAAGGAUUUCUCACUCACAUAUACCACUUGGAUGCAUGCAUGUGAAAUACUCUUUAUGUGUGUGGGUUUUAUAUGCAUUAGUACAGGGGUGAGGAAUUAUUCUCAACUAAUUAAUUCCAUGUAAACAUGUGUGAGCUUUUUUUACGUGCUGGGAAAGCAAUUUCAAUACUCAUUGAAUUUGCCCAGACAGAGAUCCAUAUGCUCUCUGAAGCUCAUGCAUCCAGCUUUAGAAAAAUCUGUAGAGUGAAGAUGCAGAACUGUGGAUUAUUUGCACUUUUUAGUGACCCACAACUUCUGAAUGCACAAAUAGGUUCUGAGGAACACUUCUUCCUUCUUUAAAAAAACUUGACUUGAGGAAGUUGUAGUGAUAAAUUGAAAUGAUGUACAGUAUUGUUGAUCACACAGACACUUCAUUUCCCUGACUUUAAAAGCUGAAUAUGUGAAUUUGAGCUGUGGAGUUACUUAGUCUGUUUUCUGUGGCACAAGUUUCUCAAAGCUGAUCGUACCUCCAGAAGUACCCCCUUCAAUUUAGGCCACACAAAUGGCCUGUAUUGAAUCGCUGAGACCUUUGCCCAUUUAUUUAUUUGCCUUACAUUCAUAUCCUGACUUUCUUCUGUCAUGGAAGCAAAGGCAGUGUCUAUGUAGGUUGGCUGUAUAUAUGUAUUUCCCCUUUGAGAACCUUUAAAUGCUAUGAGAGGGAAAUUGAAGCACAUGUUCAUCAUGAAGGACCAUAGCUCAGUGGAGGGACAUCUGUUUUGCAUGUAAAGAGACCCAAGUUCAAUCUCUGGCAUUUCCAGGUAGGGCUGGAAAAGAUCCCUGAUGGAAACCCUAGAGAGCCACUGCCAAUCAGUGUAGGCAGUACAGAGCUUGAUGGACCAAUGGCAGUGUCCUAUGUUCCUAUGCUCACAUUCUUCUCCAUCUUGUAGGUGAAAACUUUCCUAAAGGCAAGCCAGUAAUUUUUUUAGUGUCUGCAUGAGAGAGAUUGUGUGCAUAUGUGUGUCCUUUUGCACAUGCAUCUCACAGAUCCUGAAAUAACUUCUGUUUUGUCCUAAUGCUUCCUGCUUUGUUGCAGUUAACUGAAAGCAUAGAGCACCACUCAAGAGAUUAAUUUUUCUGUUGCAGUUGAAUUUCACAGCCUUGACUCCCUUUCUGGUUGGCUGGCAUUGUGUUUCCUUGUUGUUGUUAAAUAUUCCGCAUUCACAAGUGCUGUGAGAAGUUAAACACAGCAAUAUUUCAAUUCAAUUGAACCAUUCUAAGAAUCGAAAGAUACUCCUGCAAUUCUGACUUGUUUGGGAGUGGCUCCCCAGUCUUGACUGAAGGGAAAUAAUGAGUAGUGCUGUUUACCAUUGUGCCAGGAGUGCUUUUGACUGACUAAUCAGCAGAACAGAAUAGCCUGCCUAGAGGAACUUGGCAGUUACUUUCCAUCUUGCCAUUCUGCAGGGUGAUCAAAACACUUCCGUGGCUGUUUUGCCAGGUAAAUCUAGAGGCACACCUAGUGAUCUGGGAGAUGCAGUGUGGGGAGGGUAGAAGGGAGGAGCUUUUACAGUGGUACCUCAGGUUAAGAACUUAGAUCGUUUUGGAGGUCCGUUCUUAACCUGAAACUGUUCUUAACCUGAAGCACCACUUUAGCUAAUGGGGCUUCCUGCUGCCGCUGCGCCGCUACUGCGCCAUUUCUGUUCUCAUCCUCAAGCAAAGUUCUUAACUCGAGGUACUAUUUCUGGGUUAGCGGAGUCUGUAACCUGAAGCGUCUGUAACCCGAGGUACCACUGUAUAGCCAUAGCUCACCUUCCUUCUUUCAUGUAACCCAAAGCAGUAGCCACCCAUCCAGGUAGAUGUGCUUAGCUUUAGAAAGGUGAUGGGUGAGGCACCUGCAGUCUGUUGUGGGGAAACUGCUGCUUAUGUACAUAUUAAAACUAAAACAAGUCUUCUCCAAGAUCAAACAUGGCUUGUGCCUCUUUCUCACACAUCUCCACGCCAUCCCUGCUUUUGUGUGUGCCUCUAGGCACGUUAAGAUGUUGGCUGACUGGGUCUCACCAGCACUACGCUUUGCAGCAUUCCCAGCCACUUUGUAAACAAGGUGGUUGGUUGUUUUGGUUUUUAAAAAAUAAGUGUUAUAAAAGUGGGGAUAAGCAGGAGGUCCAGGGCCCAGGAAAGACCCAACUCCACUUUGGCAUCCAUCAAUAGCACCCCUGCUCUUCACAAAUCCAGAACUUACCCAUGUUUUUAAAAAGCAAACACCUCCCUGCACAUAGGGCACUACCAUGGGAGGGAGAAAUCUGGACUAGAGGACCCGCCUCCCUGACUUGCUAGUUCCAGGUUUGUUUUAUUCUAACAUCCCCACCUCCCAGUCAGUCUGAAGUGGCUCAGCAAUCUUUCAGAAGCUUUGCCUUGUGUGUCUGCUGAUUCGUGUAGCUCUACUUUUAGGUUCUUAGCUAUAAAGCUUGCAUUUCUUCCCGCUAUCCAGCUAUCCCACUUUCCUCUUGAAAACUGUUGUACAGACAUACCUUGGAAGUCGAACGGAAUCCAUUCUGGAAGUCCGACUUCCAAAAUGUUCGACUUUUAAGGUGCGGCUUCCGAUUGGCUGCAGGAGUGUCCUGCAGCCAAUCAGAAGCUGCGCCAGACGUUCAACUUCUGAAAAUAAUUUGAAAACCGGAACAAUCACUUCUGGUUUUCGAUUGUUUGGGAGCCAAAACAUUCAAGUUUAUAGGCAUUCGGCUUCCGAGGUUCCACUGUACUAUGAAUGAUCAGCUAAAAUUGUAUUGCAGGAACAUAAGACACUGCCUUGUACUGAGUCAGGCUAUUGAUUCACCUAGCUUGGCAUUGUCUACACUGACUGGUAGCGACUCUUCAGGGUUUCAGAAUUUGGUCUUUCCCAGCUGUUCCUGGAUAUGCUAGAGGCUGAACCUAAGACCUUUUGCACAGGAAGCAUUGAGUUAUGGUCUUCUCACUGUGCUCCAACCUCUGUUAAGCAACACACACACACACACACACACACACACACCCACCCCAACAGGAGUUAAGAAAGGAAACAAGAGUCAAGUUUCUCGAACAUUUAUUCCAAAGAUCCAGCGCAUACCACGACUCAUAUUCUGCCUGUAAUAAAACCUUUUCCCCACAAUAGUGUCUGCCAGCUGCAUCAAUUUUCGCCCCCUGAAAUAAAUUUAAAAUAUGUGGUCCCACUUAUGUUUGUCCCUUUUUCCGCUUAGUAAUGUUUCCAGUUCAGGAUUGGUGGUCCUCCCUGAAGUGAACCCUCCCACCCCACAUUGAAGAGGACAAAGUUGAAUAUAGAAGCAAUAAAUCCCCUACUGCUGUUACACUCAGGGUAGCUCCUGAGUGUUGGCCACAUUGAGCACCGGUUGUAGACUUAGGUUCAUUGAAUGUGUUGGCUCAAGGCCUGGUUGGCUGAAAGCAGUGAGAAUUUGGCCACAGACCUAGCAAAGUUUCACCCUUGACAUGUAAUCUCGUGUCAUGUGAAGCCAAAUGAUCCACUGUAACACAAGAGAGUAGCUGCUUUCCUGUAAUAGCAGGGCUUCUGCUAUUGGAAGGGUUGAAGCAGUGGUUAUGACUCUAGCAACAUCUGAGGGGGCCAUAGGUUCUACAUCCCUUGCUUUAGAACAACGGAGGGUAAUAACAUUUCAUAAAGGCUUUAAUAGUAUAGUGGAGGUGAUGGGGACCAGCAACCAGAUAUUGUGGAUGAACCAGAUUUGGGUAGUUUGCCUGAGAUGUGCACAGUUCGCUUGAGGGCGUUCCAUUUGUUGGUCAGGUGGUGUUGGUGGGACAGAGUUGGGUAGCGCCAUGUGACACCCGACUGCUUUGCCUCGUUGUAGGGAGAGGGACAGAAGAAACAAGGAGCUCUGGUCGAUUUUUAUUUUAAGACUUAGGUGAGUAUUAUGAAAGACUAAAAGUCUACCCUUUAGGAAUCUGGAUCCAGACCAUUGCGUGCUUCCCAUGGCUAUCUUAGAGAUCACUUUAGCCUCAUAAGGCUUAUCUCAUAAAACUUAACUCUUCCAGGCAUUUGAUGGUUUAUGAUGAUUUUGCUGGUGCUGUUAUUUUGCUGCUGUUUUACCUUUGUCUUCUAUGGAUUUCUGUAUGAUUUUUAUGGUUGUAAUGGAUUGUUCUCCCCCACCCAUCCACCCCGUUUUACGCUUCUAUUCAUUCAUCCAAUUUAUUUGCUGCUUGCUGCAUGUAGUGAUUGUGAUUACAACACUUCUGUAUGGCAGUAACCAGAAUGAAGUGACAGGCUCUUGUAGGAAAACAAACCUAAAUAGAAAUCGCAUUUCUGUUAGUCCCUACCGCAAAGUAAAAUUUCUACAUUCCUCUCCAACUUGUUUUGAGGUUUCUUUUUCAAUUGCCUUAGUCCUGUAACCCAAAUUGCUGAUGUAAUGGAUUGUCUUUGUUUGCCAGAUGUGACACACUUACAAGUAUAGAUGAGCUUUAAAACAGUUGGAUGUGUGGGAGGGGAAAUCCCAGCCAUAAACUAAUGUGGUUAACUGUUUGGGACAGCCAGGCAAUGAUUUAUGGUAGAAGCCAACUUAGACAGCAUUGCAUGAUGUCAUUUGUUUUGCUGAUGUUGUUAGUCUUUCCUUUUUAAUUUCUGUAAAAUCAAACAGGUUGCAGAGUUUGAAGUACUAAUGGAGGGGGGGGAGUAGGAGGUUACUAUUUUUCUUACAUUUCUCCAUGUAAAUUGAUAGCAUAUUAGCCUUAUGCUGUAGAAGCAGGCGAGACAUUUUCGCUUUAAAGUAGGCCUCUAAUUGUAAAGUGUGGGUAUAUGUAUUGCUGACUUUUGUUUUCAGGAAUGUAGCAUAAAAUGAGAUUAAACAACUCCCUAAUACAUUCCAGGAAUUCUAUGUGCAGUGAUGGCAGCGUGGCAAUGAAGAGAUUUACAUCACUUUUUUUUUUUUAUUAGAUGGCUUCACUACUCGCAAGUAAUUAGGAGUGCCUCCUCCACAGUUCUACAUUGAGUAAUACAGCACCUUCAUAGGUGGUAUUUUUUAAAAAAUGCAUUUCCUUCAGUCACAUUCAGUACAUAGGUGUACAGGUCAUGUUCCAGAUGCCAGCUACUCAUAUCAGUGAAGAAAUUUAGCUCAGUUGAUGCUUUUGUUGUGCCUGAGGUAUAUGUGUAGAAAGCGGAAAGGCCACUCAUAUGAAAAUUUCAGGCUGUUGUAAUGUGCAUCAAACAUAUUUUAGAAUUGCUUCAUCCAGGCAAGAAUUAUAGCUACAGAUUAUUAUUUUUUUGCAUCAAAUGUUGUUGGUGCUUCUUGCACUGUGGCUCCAGUGGGGGCGUCUGCAAAUGUAGCGGUGAUUAACUUUUCUUUCUUUCUCAGGGGCUGUAUUCACUCUUGACCAACGCCCCAUGGGCCUUCUUUCAGUGGUGGGUGAAACUCCACACUCUUGUACGCGUGUGUGUGUGCGCACACACACACACACACACACACACAGGACCUCCUCAUCUGAUUGGUGUAGAUCAGUUGAACUUGCUGCUCCCUCUCUGCUCAUGUAAUUGAUCUAAUGGCCUGAGUUUGGUUUCUGACAAAAAUUAAGUUACUGCCUACCAUGGGCAUAGCCAGGUUUUUUUUUGGGGGGCAGGACUUUUGUCAGAACUAGUGUGAUUGGUCAGCUAAGUAUUUCUAUUGAUUUACUUGAUGGGGGGGAGCUGCCCCUCCCUGCCCCCCCUUGGCUACACCCAUGCUGCCUGCUAUGGCAAAAUAUUGCAGAAUCCAUUACAUAGUCCUUUGCGUUAUUGUUGUAUUGUUCCACAACAUUCAUUUCAGUGCAAAGGAAACGCAUUGCAAAUCCUGGAGGGAUUACUGUUGAUAAUUGUAUAUCAUUAUACUUCAUCUGUGGACUGAAAACACCAAGAAUUGCUGUUUCAGCCAUGGGACAAAUAAGUAAAUAUCAGCAAUUUCUGGUCUUGUUUCCAUUGAAAUUCUCCGACAUCCCUACCUGAUUUGCGUGCCUAUCAGGGUUCUCUGCUGUGCCCACUGUGUAGCUUUUUUUGUUUUUACCACCAUGAAAAUCAGUCGGGUGUUGGGGGGAGGGAGCAGAAAAACGUACUUUGGAGCCUGCAUUAGGCCCCUGAAUUAAGAGUUAGCUAAUGGAAACAAAGGGACGCGGGUGGCGCUGUGGGUUAAACCACAGAGCCCAGGACUUGCCCAUCAGAUGGUCGGCGGUUCGAAUCCCCGCGACGGGUGAGCUCCUGUUGCUCGGUCCCUGCUCCUGCCAACCUAGCAGUUCGAAAGCACAAAGUGCAAAUAGAUAAAUAGGUACCACUCCGGUGGGAAGGUAAACGGCGUUUCCGUGCGCUGCUCUGGUUCGCCAGAAGCGGCUUAGUCAUGCCGGCCACACGACCCGGAAGCUGUACACCGGCUCCCUCGGCCAAUAAAGCGAGAUGAGCGCCGCAACCCCAGAGUCGACUACGACUGGACCUAAUGGUCAGCGGUCCCUUUACCUUUAAUGGAAACAAAAGGAAGGGAUUGUCUCCUGGAACAGAUUUCGGGGGGGGGGUUGCUGGGGAGUGCAGCGGGGAAUCAGCAAACUAUUGCUUCCUUUCUUCUUCUGAAAGUGGAUUUCUAUACUGAAUCAAAGUUCCUUCUGCUCCUAGAAGGGUACCAAUUGGAUCAGCUACCUCCUUCUGAGUUGUCUAAAUGGGCAAUAAAAGGCUUGUAGGUGGGGAAACCUGCUACUUUGCUGUAAACUAAAUACAUGGCAACAUUUUGCCAUUCUUGUUUUAUCUUAUGCUUGUGUUUGGUCUUCGCUUGCAAUAGAUAGAGAAUGUGGACAGAAUGACACAUUCUGGAAACAACUAAAAUAGCAACAAAUGUAUAUGGUGGCAUUCAACUACAUAAUUGUGCUGGUGCAAGGAUUACCAGUAACGCAGUGGGACUUUCCCCCAUCUCCUCCUGCUGCACGUGUCCCAUGCCAUCUCCAAAUCUGCUCCAGAGUGUUGGGGGAACCCUAGAACAGAUCUACAGGUGGUGGGGAGAUAUCAUUCCUAUUUGCCUUUGUCCUAUGCUGAAUACAACCCAUUAAUAUGCACAAUUGCCACUGAUCAUAACUGUUGAUAAGUAUUUCUUAGAACAAUACUCUGCCAAGGAAGAGAUUGCAGGCAUUGGAAUGGGUGGAUACUUUUAAGUGCACUGUUUUGUUUCUGUUACGUUCCAACACCUUAAUUAAAAGUGACAAAGAAUCUUGUGGCAGCCUAAAGUCUGCCAUUCAUUUUGCCGUAAGCUUUCUUCAACUACAAUCCCAUUUCAUCAAAACUCUGAAGUGUUUCCCUCAGGGAAAAGGGAACAAACGGGUCUGAUUCAAAGCCUGUAAUCACUUGCUUUGGCAGCAUAUUAUUAAAGGUGCACCUGUAGCAAGAAAUACCUGUACUUAUUGACAGUUAUGACUUGCACCCAUUCAUUCAGUUUGCUCCAACGGAAGCCCCUUUUAAGGCGUUAAGAGGCAAGACUGUGAGAAAUGCCGUCUUUAAAAGUUUCCAUCCAUUUCUGAUAAUUCAUUUACAGCAGGAAUAGGGAACCUGUAGCCUUUCAGAUGUUGGGCUGUAACUCUCAUCAUUCCUGACAAUUGGCUGGGCUGGGCUGGGACUGAUGAAGUAUCAAAUAUCCAAUCUACUUUUAUCAAAGGUGAAAAAACCUAAUCUAAAUAAAAGCACAAACCAAAAGAAAGGGAAUAAAAAAGGGGGGGAGGAAAGAAGAAAAGGAGGGAGAGGAAAAAAGGGGGGAAGAACUUCUGGUGCUUUGAUUGUCAUCUAUAUAUCAAAAAAUGUUUGAAACAUCCACUUUGAGAUAACACCCAAAAUCCCACUUUCUAAAAAGAAAUAUUUUCUUCAAUCCUCAAACCCAGAUAUCAUGUCCAUUUUCUUUUUCACACACAAAGUCUAUAAGGAGUUUCCAGUCUUUAGUAAAUAAGGGUUGCUGGAUGUUUUGUCCAGCAACAUUUGGAAGGCUCCAGUUUCCCAGCCCCAAUUUAUAGUCUGGUCCAAGGAUGUUUGAUGAGAAGUAGGUUCCGCUCUGAUGAAUGACAUUUAUUCCCAAGUAAGGAGACAUAGGAUUACAACCUUUAUUCCACAGAUAUUUCAGCUAGAUGAUUUGCUGUUUGUAGCAAAAUAUAGAAAAAAAGCCUAUGCCUAUGCAAUUAGUUUCAUUUUCCAAAAACAGCCUAGUGAAACUGGCUUGUUAGAUUUCACUUCUUUUUUCUGUGUACAUACAAAAAGUUAUUCUGGAAGGUGGCAUUGGACGCCACAAAACAAGCAGUGGUCAAGGAAGCAGAAUUGAAGUGUUUCCUUCUUAUUUCAUGCGUCUCAUCAUGAGGGAGACAGGUGAGUCUCUAUUCAUUAUGUAGGAAGCGCUUGGUGUUAAGAACAACCCACAGUGAAACUAAGGAACUGUAAAUUUCAUGUUGGCUUUUAUUUCCCACUACCACAAUUCAACUGCAGUGCUAUUUUAAUAUCACCGUGCAUCCUUAGCAUAAGAUUUUCAUUCUGUAGAACUUGUUUGUGACCUGUCUAAAUUGGCUUAUCAUGUUGAGCCCAAAUAUCAUUUAAUAAUCAGGCAAUUAUCUGAAACUUAUCAAAGUAAAUGGAAGGGUCGUGUUCAGUUUGUUUCUGAUCAAGUUAAAGUUAGGAUAAAGUGUUAUGAAAUUAUCUUUGCAGAGUAAUUCUAAGUUUUCAGUUUCAUCGCAUGUUUGUAUUUAAAGUAGAAAUCUGUAUAGAGAGGGUUAGAGGGUUAGAGGGUUGAACAAGUGUUACCUUAAAAGAACAAGCCAAAUCUAUAUAUACAUAAUUGAGGAAGCCAAUUUGUUGGGAAUCUCAUAUGAGAUACACACGCAGUGGCAGUCUCUCCCGGUAGUAGUCACCACAUGGAAUCAGCUUAAGGCCCAAAUAGUUUACUGUUGCAGAAGAUAACUAAAUCAAUUAUUGUAUGUACAGCUUGUAGGCUUUUGCAGAUACAGAUAUACAGUGGUACCUCUGGAUGCAAAACGGGAUCUGUUCCGGAGCCGCGUUCACAUCCUGAAGCGAACGCAACCCGCACCUGUGCGUGCGCGGGUCGCGAUUUGCCGCUUCCGCGCAUGCAUGUGACGUCAUUUUGAGCGUCUGCGCAUGUGCGAGCAGCGAAACCCGGAAAUAACGCGCUCCGUUACUUCCCGGUCACUGCGGAGCGCAACCCGAAAACGCUCAGCCUGAAGCAUAUUCAACCUGAGGUAUGACUGUAUACAGAAAAUAGAAGUACAAAGUAUCUCUGUUGCUCCAAAUAAUCUCCAGCAAUUCAAGAUGUAACCCUGAACAAGUAACACCAACAGACUGACAAUUUACAUACUAACUGACAGACUACUGAGCUACUGCAUGCCAGCCCAGUAGUCUGUCAGUUAGUAUAUGAGCAGGUAUCAUAGAUAUAGUCGUGGCACUGGGCAGUUACUGUAGCAACUGGCUUGGCUGACCUUGCACCUGUGAUUAGCUCAUCCAUAGGGUGACUCACACCAAUGACGGAAAUUGACCGCUUCUUAUGUCCGCUUACUCCAGCACAAUUAUCUGAAGUUUGUGAUGGAAGCCGAUCUCAUAAAAUGAGUCCUUUUAUGCAAAGCUCUCUACAGGAAGCAGAUUUAAUGCACUGCAGGGUUUUGUUUAAACUGCCUCAGUAAACUCAGUAAAUUUCUCUUCUAAAAGUUAAACUGGUUAGUAACCAACACACCUGUUCUUCUAGUGCAAAGGAUGUCUGCUUAAUGGAACAGAACCGCCACCCCUUCUCUGCCCGCCUGCAGCCCACUGUGAACCCUCAGAAUCAGCUCUGGAGGGUUGGGGAAGAGGAAGGUGAAGUCAUGUUGUGCAGGCAGAAGUCUGUUGCACUCAGACCCCUGAGCAGUGCUUGUAACAACUUUCUUUACCCUUCUAUCAUAGUGCAUUUUCUUCUCACUUGUCCCUCUAAACCUCUCAUUUUUCAUUUGACUACAAGGUCUCAUAUCCACAACAAUCAACAAUGUGGAAAAAGAGAGAGAGAGCGUGCAUGCAUACAUACAUAUAUCUGACAUAAAGGUUAUUUAUUGAUUUCUUAUUUUUGGCAUUUAUUUACUGCCCAGUCAAUCCCACCCCCUGGGCUGCUCAUAUUUUAAAUAUAUAUAAAUUAGGCUGCCAGUUAUCCACAGAGGGUUCAUACUGAUCAGCACCUGCAGAAGAGAAAAGCCCCUCUAGGGCCUGCCUUUGCCAUUGAACAUGUGUUUCUUUAAGUAUGCCAGUGUUUUCUAAAAGCUUGCCAGAUUUUCUGUGAACACAGCCAUCUUAUCAGCACCAUGAAGGCCCUGCUUCCUUUCUGGGCCAAGACAUUAAUUUAUCAUGUUUUUCUUCACAUUUAUAAAGAUAGGUUCAUAAAUAUUUAUAAAGGAGGCUGUUUUCCUCUUUCUUUAAGACCUUGAUAACUCCUGGGACUUGGCUGGUGACAGAAGGAAGUCAUGUUGAAUUCAGUACUUUGGGGACCUUAGCAAGUUUCCAGGAAGCAUAUAUUAAAUAUUGCCAGUAAUGUACUCUUUUAGGAAAUCUAGUAGCAAACCAUUACAAUGCAGCAGGUUUUAUUUGUACUUAUGGGCCACCUUUUCAUCAUAGAACCCAAGGUUUGCAUACAUGUGGCUCUCAGAUAGCCACCCAACCAGGUAUGACCAAAUUCAUACCUGCUUAACUUCAGCAAGGUGGCCACAUUCUGUGCCUUCAGAUCACACUCUGGAGCAGUGGGUGUCUCCACUUAGCCACAAAGUCCACUGGGUGACCUUGGGCCAGUCACUGUCUCUCAACCUACCCAACAUCAAAGGGUUGUUAGGAAGAUAAAUGGGACAUGAGGAAAGCCAUGGUAUGCUGUCUGGAGCCUGGAGGAAAGUGGGGAUAUAAAUGAAAUAAGUACAUAAGAAUCAAGGGGGGGUAUCCAGUGCUCUUACACUUGUGCAAUAGAACUCCCCCCUUUUACUCUCCCUGUCCCCACACCCUUGUGCACCCUACACUCUCCCAUAAUUUCCUCUGAAAGGUUGGGAGAAAUUCCCAGAACAGAUUUAGGGGGUGCAUGCAAGGGGCGGGGAAGUUCUGUUGCACAAGCAUAGAUCCUUAGGCUAGAAGAAUGAGUGACUUAGCGCUACUUUGGAUAGAAGCCUAAAUAAUUGGCAUAUGACUCUUCAGCUUUUGAGUUGUAGAACACAAUAGAAAAAUUCCUAACCAUUGUGGAAAUAAGUUGCUGGAAAUCUAAGAUAAUUGUGCAAGGAUGGGAUUUCGCUCACAUAUAAUUACUGCUUUUAUUUCAGGUCUUUCUGGCUUUGCUUCAUUAUUCUGUUUUGUCCUAGGGCACCGUGAACCCUUUUCAGGGUGGAGUAGUAUUUCAGAUAAACACUUUGUCCCAUGUUUUCCGUGAUAGCAUUUUUUAAAAAAAAUCACAUGUCUCUCUUUGUUUAUAAUACUUACUUUAAAUCAAAAGUUGUUCUGAUGCACAAUUAAUUAAAGCAAAACUUCGUGCUGUAAAACAUAGUAUAUUUCCGUACUUUAUAAAACAGAUGAAAAGCAAAAUUAACAGUUCUCAUUAAAGUACAUUUACAAAGUAGGGAGUGAUGCCAGCUAAUUAAGAAGUUUUAAAUAGUGAUUUGGGGGUUGUUCCAAAGGCUUCCCAGGAAAGGCAAAUUCCAAUUAUCCACAGCAACUGAAUCAGGUGAGCCUGGCGGCGGUGGUUUAAGGGAAAUAGUGGGCAGACAACAACCGGUUAGCUCCUCAACCGGUCACUAGUACUUGCCUAAGAUGCUGGAUCAGUACAGGUGGCUAACAUUUUAGACACGUCCACACACGGGUCAUUUUGGACCUGGAAGAGGAUGGAAUGGGGGCGGGCUGAGGCACGCUCCAGUGAAACAUGGAGGCCGGGAACAGAACCCCACACACUAAAUGGUCACUGCCUGUAUAGUUUGCAGGAACUUCUGUGAUGCCCAGGAUCCCUCCCCUAGAAUACCCACCUAGCCACCUUUUCGUUGGUCUUUCUUUCACCAUUAGCUGACGAGAGUUUUUGAUCUGGCAGGACUUUGGCCUGUCCUUCGUUUGAUUCUUUCUCUCUGUCUGGAUGAUGUAGGGUUUUGUCCUGCCGGUUUUUAUUGCUGCUGUGACGUCUUAAAUUGUUUUAUUUUGGAUUUUUGUUAAUCAUCUGCUGUCCUGAGCACUUUAGAGUGACAGGUUGAAGUGGAAAUUUCAUAAUAAACAUAACUAGUCAUAUCAAACCCAAGGUUAUCUGCUCCAGGAAGUUCAUAUAGGUGUAGGGGAAUAAGCCAGAUCCCUGUGGCACUCACCAUAAAUCUCAGCGGCAGAAGUAAAAUUGUCCCAAAUAAAAUUGCCCACUGGGAAUGCCUGGAAAGGAAGGGGGGCAGUUAGUAAACCCUGAGAGCGACCCAACAUAAUGUUGGGUCAUUUGGCUGACAAAAUCUAGUGUAAAUGUUUCAUAUUUAAGCUUAUUAUGAGCACAUAACUUUUGUGGUUUUGUUGUGGCCUCUAGUGGUUUGCCCUCAGUAUUACAAGAAGUAAUAGUUUAGAUAACAGCCUUUUACUUUGAAGCGUAUGGAUUUCAUAUGUGUGGUUUGUGAAAGGCAAACAAUACAGUACAAAAAAAUUUGAAUGUAUGUAUAUUAUUAUAUCUUCUAUAAACAAAAGUUGCUUGAAUGAUUACAUUAAUACUAUGGGGAGACUAUAGCUCCUGGGGAUAUUCAGUAGACAAGCCAGGAGAAAUUUUCCUUAAGUGUAGAAAAACAGAUUUUGUAAAUCUUUUUUUAAAUUAAAAAAAACCUCAUUUAAAAUAAAAAAAUAUCAUUUGGCUUUUGUGUAUGAAAAGUCAGAUUUUAAAAAAAAAUUUUUUUUAAAAAGAUACAAUGUUAGUAGACUAUAAUUUUUUUUUAGAGGUAGGCAAUAGGAAUAAUGGAAGGGUCCAGGGAUCUGGGGCUUCACAGUGGCCUAGAUGAGCUUCUGUAGGUGUGAGCAGCAAAUAAUGACACAAUGUCUACCUGUAUCCAGUAUAAAAAGCUACAAAUGGAGUCGCUACAUAGCAUAACAAACCCUCAGGGGUCUUGUUAAAUAUAUUGAUCUUUUCAGCUUUUCAUGUUUUAUAAGUAUUUCUAGCUGCCAUAUUUAGGGGAAGUGGUAGAAUAUGUGUCAACUGCUUUCCUUUCUCCCCAUUCUUCUGCAUGUACAUCUUUUUUCUUUUUCUUUUUUGCUUAUGCAUCUCGAUGGGUGAAAGCCAAAGCUGACAUUCUUCUUACAGAAUGGCUUUUCAUCCAGUGGAGGUGUCUGCUAAUGCAAAAGAAUGGGAGAUGUUUGUUCACAAAUUCCCCCCAUCCCCAAAAACCUGUUCCAGAGGAUUAGAUGGUGAUGGAAGGAACCACCAGGGAAAGGGUGAAUCGGAGAAAAUCACUUCCCUCGCAUUAGCAAACACCAUUGCUGCAUCAAAAGCACAAAUGUAUGCCACAGGGGUAAUGACAUUUUCAGGAUCUUCUAAUACCUUUUCUUUCCUUUUAACAGGUAGCAGUUGCUGCUGAAUGUAAGUACCACCCUUAUUAUCUGUUCAGAUUUCAAUUCUGUCCCUGAUAGAGGGGUCACAGCUCUGUAAAUGCUGUUUGAAACCUUUCACCUCUGUACCUGUUCCCAGGCCAGAAAGCACCCCUGGAGUUGUUAACUUGUUACUUGAAUUUUAUAGCUUUUCACAUUAUCCGGUUUAUGAAUAUUAAAUGGUAUGUUGAUAGGCUUGCUUCCCUUCAGAUUGAUUAUUCCACUUCUGUAGAUGUGCUUGGUUUGUACCAAUGCAACAGCUUCUACACUUCGUAGUUUCUCUCUUGUAGAAAACCUAACUCUUUUCUGUUGCUAUGAACAGAAAGUCACUGAGAAUGCUGCAUAUUGGGCUCAUCCAAGGCCCUACCCCCUUUUUUGUGCCAUUGCCAUACAAAUAUCCUGGCAUUAGAUCAGUUCUGCAUACAAUCUGGUCUCUUGUUGACUCUUCAUCUGCAGAAGCACCUCUUCCCACCCCACACUGCUCACCAGUUUCAUACUGUCCAGAGCUCAUAUAACAGACAGAGAGUGUUUCCCCAUACUUCAUAACAAAUAUUUCAUUUAGCAGUGGAAAAAACCUCUAGUUAAGCAAAAGCAUUUCGUUGUUGGCUCUUUUUUCCUUCUGCAUAGGUGGUAAUGAAUGUGGAUCUGUAAAUGUAACCGUAUCAGAAACAGAAAUACAUAUCCAGCCACCUGACAACCAUACAAUAAGUAAUGUAACUUUUGCAAAUGGAACACGUGCUGGAGUGCAAACAUCGAAUACGACGGUAUCUGGACUUCAACCUGGCACGCAGUACGAAGUGACUUUUGAGAUUUCUGCUGAAAAACUAUGCUGCAAAAUCAUUACAACAAGUAAGUAAUGGGCUGGAAGAGAUGUUUACGGAUCUGAGAUGGCAUCGGAGGCAGUUCUUACAUUUAAAAUAGAGAGAAGAUUGCUUGGAUUUCUCACACGUGUGCGAUUCUGCUACUAGUAGCUGAUUCUAGUAAGACCAGGCGCUGCUACUGACUAAUGGAACGGAACUGUUCAUUCUAAUGCAAAGCACAACUGAAGUCUAUAGCCUCUAGCAGCAGCCAGCCAUCUGAUCAAUAGUGCAAAUGACAGCCAGGGUUCUUCUUCCCAUGCUUAGCCUUGGAAAGCAAAUGGCUCCUCCUACAAUUAUUAGCACUUCAGGCUCCAUUGUGUGCACUUUGCCUCACUCAGGAAGUUUUCCUGCUGAGCUGUACAGGUUUUCCUUUCGAGUCAUGUUUGUUCCUGCAAGCAAAUAAGUCCAAAUGUAAGCCUCCUUAAUUUGGUCCACAUUUGGAAAUUUGGGGGGGGGGGGUUCUGUGUAGUGCUUUGAAACAGUAAUAUUCUUUAAAUAAAAAUAGUUGGUUUUAAAUUCAAAGAGAGUACUCAUUUUGUUUCCCUGUUUCAUGUGGCUAUUUUUUUUUUCCAAAAAAAAUAAUGUCGCUGAAGGCUUUUUGAGGUAAUGGAACUAUACAAAGUCCAGAGCUGCCAAGUAAGAGCCUUAAAUAAUUAACUGAUGAGUAUAGUAAUUGAGUUCUACAGAAAAGAGGUUUGGUUUAAAGACACUCAGGAGCAAUGUUAAGAAUUAAAAAUGUAUGAAUAGCUUUGCUGUCCUUCAAAUCUGACAUAUGGGAUCGGGAUUUCCUUUGCCACAGAAUGUUUGUCAGUACUGUAUGAAUCCGAACCUUUUCCUCCUGACACAAUUGUCUUAGAUGUGUGUUGAGACUACACAGCUUUGCCUGGUCAGCUGCUGUGUACAUGAAGCAUUUCUAAAAUCACUGCUUAGAAACUGGAUUCACCCUUGGGUUGAGUAGCCAACAUUUGUCUUUCUGGACCUUGCUGCCACAUUUCACAAUGUAGUGUUGGUACCCAAAUGUAUAAUGACCACCAGCCCCUUCUCAGCAUACACAGCUAGACUGCUUCAUGUUAUGUGCAGUUUUUCUUCUGGACAGACAAGUUGAUUGCCAUGUCUUCAAUGCAACCAUGAAAGCACAUGCCACUGUCUUUGAAAUCAGUUGUGUCCAAGCCUUUGUAGACAAGAACUUCCAAACAUUAUAGACUUCCCCUUAUGAGGGCUCAUACCUCAAUACACUUGCUCACCUUUAAGGAACUCCUCUGGUGUCCUUGCUACAAUUGUCUAGAAUGAAGGCCAUCGUGGAAUUACCGUAUUUUUCGCUCUAUAAGACGCACCAGAUCAUAAGACGCACCUAGUUUUUGGAGGAGGAAAACUGGAAAAAAGAAUUCUGAAUCUCAGAAGCCAGAACAACAAGAGGGAUCGCUGCGCAGUGGAAGCAGCAAUCCCUCUUGCUGUUCUGGCUCUUGGGAUAGCUGUGCAGCCUGCAUUCGCUCCAUAAGACGCACACACAUUUCCCCUUACUUUUUAGGAGGGAAAAAGUGAGCCUUAUAGAGCAAAAAAUACGGUAAUCUCAACUGUGCCUGUUUCUGAAGAGUGACUUUCCCAUUAUGAGAACCUAUAUGAAUCCAUCUUGAGGUACCUCCAAGAUGUGGCAUUCACCUGAUCGUUGGUCAUAUUGUAGCUUGUGCCUUUCCUCGCAUGGGUCGAUUUUGAACUGUGUGGGCAGAAAUGGCUCACCUGAUGCUGUACUCCAUCAGGCCAGCUACUUUAGUCUUCAGGUUGUGCACUUGUCCCCACAGAGACUGCACUAGACACACAACCACAGCAUCUGUCCAGCAGCCGUUGGAUAUGCUAAGUCAAAUUUUGUGCAGCUCAGCUCUUCCUUCACACUCCUGUUAGACUUUUUCUGCACUUCCUGUUUCUUUUUAACUUUAAAGAGUUUUUGAUUAAGCCAGGGAUUGGGAACCUGUUGCCUUCCAGAUGUUGUUGGACCCCCCAACUCCAUCAUCUCUAGCCAUUGGCAGUGCUGGCUAGAGCUUGUUGGAAUUGGAAUCCAACAGCAUCUGGAAGGCCCCAAGUUUCCUAUCCCUGAAUUAGCCACUAUAUAGUAUAUGCCAAGUAUUAAGAACUGCUUCUGAUUACCUGUCUGAUUACUUAGCUGGGAAAGAGCUUGGAUUUGGGAGUUUUAAUUUUCAGAAUUUGUUGCCUUUCUUGCAAAUAAAACAGUAGUUUGACAUAAUCCCACAGGUUAUGGUAAGCUACCUGAGCAUUGUUCAUCUGACUCUUGUACCUUUGUGCAAUAGAAUGCAAUUUUCAUACAGAUCGAUAGAACGGAAUAUUUAACCUUAAACAAAAAUGUCCUGUGGCUUCCAGGUAUGUUUGCAGGACAUAUCAACUGAUAUACCUCCGAGGAGUGAAAUCUUGAGUGGCACCAGUGCAUGAGCUUGUGGUGUUGCAUCUCCAUCAGUUUUGUUGCCUUCUGUUCAUAGAUAAAUUGUUAUUGAAUAGGAAGCGCCUGCUUGUAAAUUCCCAAUUAUUCAACCGGUGUUGUAACAUAUAUCCUCAAGCAGAUGGUAACAAGACUGAAGGAGAGCCAAGUGCUGCAAACAUUUAUUCAAGUGUGCCUUCAAAUGAUUGAUGCAAUUGCACAUAGAAAACAAAUGUUAAAAUUUAAAAUUGCACGUAUGCUCACUCUGUUUCUUCACCAGAACAUAUUAAAAUUAAAAGUAUAAGUUUAGUGCAAUUCAGGUACCUUUCCAUUUUUAUGUUAUUUAUCAAAACAUCUAUAACUGGAGCAAAAGGAGCGCAGUUUUUGCAAACCAAAUUGUAAUGCCUUGUAUCUCUUAACAGAUUUUGGGUAGCACAUUCUCAAAUGGAGAUAUUUUCUUUCAGUGGUGCAGAUAAAGCCCUUUUUCUUUUUCUUGAACAGAACCCAGCCCAGUUUUUGACAUCAGCCUUGAAAACCGCAGUAAUUCAACAGUAACUUUAAAGUGGAGCAAUCGCGAUCCAAAUGCAUCUAACUACACUUAUCGGAUACUAAUAGAAGGAACUGAUCCUCCCAAGAAAGAAACUUCUAACACCACCAAUGCAGUAAUUAGGGGCCUGGAACCUGGAACAUUGUAUACAUUCACGAUAUUCCCACAAGCCGAUAAUGGUAAAAUUGAAGGAGAACCAAAUCAUACAACUGUUUAUACCAGUAAGUAAACAUUUGAAAUGUCAUGCACAUUCACAUUUUACUUAUGCAUUUGCAGUCUUAUGUGGGUGGGUGGGGAAAAAUAAAUGGAGAGCAGGUUUGCUAUCCCCCAAUGGUGAAAAUAGUUUUUUAAGUCCUCCACCUCUCUUACCUGGCUCUGGGAAGGUUGCAGGAGGGCUCUGGGAGCACCCCAGGACCCUUGUGUGACUUUCACAGAGCCCACUGGGGGUUCCUGGCUUUGCCUGAUUUUUGGUUUUUUGGCGCUUGGACCCCCAGAAACAAACCGUCGCAUAAGUGGCUAGUCCACUGCACCUUGCUUCCUUGUGCAGCUAAUGUGCAUUAAGGCUAUGCCUUUCCAAGUAUCAAAGAUGCUUUAGAAAGUAGGUGGGAAAUUGACUGCAGUUAUUAAAAAUGUUUUCUGAAUUUAUACCAGGGUACGCACUGAAGGGACACAGGUGGCUCUGUGGUCUAAACCACAGAGCCUAGGGCUUGCCGAUCGGAAGGUUGGCAGUUCAAAUCCCCGUGACAGGGUGAGCUCCCGUUGCUCGGUCCCUGCUCCUGUCAACCUAGCAGUUUGAAAGCACGUCAAAGUGCAAGUAGAUAAAUAGGUACCACUCAGGCGGGAAGGUAAAUGGCGUUUCCGUGUGCUGCUCUGGUUCACCAGAAGCGGCUUAGUCAUGCUGGCCACAUCAUCUGGAAGAACUGUCUGCGGAUAAACAUCAGCUCCCUCGGCCCGUAAAGCGAGAUGAGCGCCGCAACCCCAGAGUCAUUUGCGACUGGACUUAACUGUCAGGGGUACUUUACCUUUUUUUUAAAAUGCACUGAAUAAGUUUGAUUAUUUUUUUUAAUUGAUUCUGCAGCAAGUUUGUUCUUCGCAAGUAAAGGUGGAAACAGAUAUGACAAGUAGCUGAUGCCUCCUAAGUGAAUGUUUAAUCUUGACGAAAUAUUAGCUGUAGGAAUUUAUGCAAUACUAAAUCUGAUAACACUUCCUUAAACAGGGCCCAAUCCAGUUUUUGGCAUCCAGGUUGAAAACCUCAGUGACACAGGACUAACUUUAAAGUGGAACAACCCAAAUGAUUCCAAUUACACUUAUAGGAUACUAAUAGAAGGAACUGAUCCUCCCAGGAAUAAAUCUUCUGACACCAACAGUGCAGUAAUUGGGGGCCUGGAACCUGGAACAUUGUAUACAUUCAGAAUAUACUCACAAGUCGAUACUGGUACAGUUGAAGGAGAACCAGAUACUACAACUGUUUAUACAAGUAAGAAAGAUCUACAAUCUAAGAAAGAUUUCUAACUGCCAUGGGUUCCAACCCUGCAUCUUCAAUAUGGAGUCAAACAGAGCUAUAGCCAGAAGGCCUGUAAUGUGCUGGGGAACUAGUUUUCUGCACACUUAGUUGCAGCUGUUUAAUACGAUAUUGCUUGUCAUUUUAAUGGAAUGGAUGCCAAAUUGCAAUUGUGGGACGUUCUUUUAUUCUUAUUCUGAAAUUUAUGCUCAGUUGUAGAAUUGACAGGGGUUGAGAAUGGAGGAAUAAUUCUGAUUCCAAUUUAUUGGGUGGGGGAGAGAGAGCCCUUUUGCCAAGUUCAUAAGCAAUAUGCAGUAGUGACAUAGAAUGGAAGUGUCUGUGAGGGGUUUUUGGGGGGAGGUGGGAAGGAGUAAAAUAAAAUUUGAUACAGUGGUACCUCGCAAGACGAAAUUAAUUCAUUCCGUGAAUUUUUUCAUCUAGCGAAUUUUUCGUCUUGCGAAGCACGAAAUCCCAUAGGAAUGCAUUGAAAAUCAAUUAAUGCGUUCCUAUGGUCAAAAAAAGUCCAAACAAAGCCAAAUUUGGUACAACAAGAGUUUAUUAAGUGCUCUUUAAAGUCACACAUACUGUAAAGAGCAUUUCAAAAUUCAAACCCAGAAUUUUUUUAAAAAACAGCAGAGUUGCCCAAUGGUCACAGAAAAUCAUAAAAAUGCAGAAAAAAAACCACAAGCUUCCAGAUUCUUGCAAACCCCUCCCCAACUGUUCUCCCAGCCACCCACCACACAGAAAUUCAAACUCAGAAAUUUUUUUUGAAAAAAAACAACAUGGCCCAAUGGUCACAGAAAAUCAUAAAAAUGCAGAAAAAAACACACAAGCUUCCAGAUUCUUGCAAACCCCUCCCCAACACCAAGUCCUUGAAUUCCAAACACCCCAACCCAAAAUCCAAAAAAGUUUUAAAAGCUUAACUUACCAAAUGGCUGCAAAAGAAGUUUUGGAAAAGCUUCAAAAAUCACCAAAGUCUUUAAAAACCUCAAAAAAGGCUACUAUGUACACUGCGUUCUAUGAGUUGCUCCUCGAAGUCAAGUCGCAACUGUAUUAACGGUGUUAAGAAAAAGGAAACAAACUUGCAAGACGUUUUCGUCUUACGAAACAAGCCCAUAGGGAAAUUCGUCUUGUGAAGCAGCUCAAAAAACGGAAAACCCUUUCGUCUAGUGAGUUUUCCGUCUUGCGAGGCAUUCGUCUUGCGGGGCACCACUGUAUUGUGAGAGAGCUAACUGGGAGAAGAUAAUGCAAGGCCUAUAGGUAGCACUGACUCUGCCAAAGAACUUCCCCCAAUUUUCAUAUUUAAGUAUGCCGUCUUGCAACUUGAUGCAGAAGGUAACAUAGAAAUGUUUUAAAUUAGUACAUUCCGGAGCCCCGUUCGCAUCCUGAAGCGAACGCAACACGCGUCUGCACGUGUUGUGAUUCGCCACUUCCGUGCAUGCGUGUGACGUCAUUUUGAGCGUCUGUGCAUGCGUGAGCGGUGAAACCCGGAGGUAACACGCUCCGUUACUUCCGGGUUGCCGCAGAGCGCAACCCAAAAAUGCUUAACCCGAAGCUACUUCAACCCGAGGUAUGACUGUACAUGCAAGUGGACUUCUUUAGUUUUUGUGGGUUUGAAAGCAAAACUUAGGCAUCUGCCCUCCCGUUUUUAUUUUUUUGUGGUGAAAAUAUUGAAAUACCCACAAAAAGGUCGGCUAGUUAAAUUAUAGUAAACCUAUAUCAGGGUCAAAAAUUUCUAGCAGUAACAUCUAGCUGUGUAAUUAAAAAAAAUCCCUUCAUCAGUACGGCUAAAACCCUUUUCCUUUUUUAACAGAGCCCAGCCCAGUUUUUGAUAUCAGUCUUGAAAACCGCAGUAGUUCAACAAUAACUUUGAAGUGGAAAAAUAGCAAUCCAAAUGCUUCCAACUACACUUAUCGGAUACUAAUAGAAGGAACUGAUCCUCCCAGGAAUGAAACUUCUGACACCACCAGUGCAGAAAUUGGGGACUUGAAACCUGGAACAUUGUACACAUUCACAAUAUUUCCACAAGUCAAUAAUGGUGCAGUUGAAGGAGAACCAAAUGCUACAAGUGUUUAUACAAGUAAGUCCAAGUUCAUACAAGUAAGUAAACAUUUCAGACUGCCUGUUUUGUACCAUAAAGAGGUAAAGAGGAACGCCAGCCGAAACAUAGCCUUUCCCUAUCAUUUUGCUAGACUAAAUAUAUUUUUCCUUGGUCAGUCCCCUUCCUGGCCAAAGCCCCAUCCAGAGACAUGCCCCAGUUUAUAAUUGAGGAUUCAUCCUUUCCCACAGGAGGGAAGGGCCCAAUGUCUACCCAAUCACAAAAGGAACUGCUGCCCAAAUGCAGAAGCAAAGACAAUGCAAGAACUGAAAAGGGGACGGGACAGGAAGAUGUCAAAGGCCAUUAGCUCACACCGACAACUGGACUGGUGUAUCAACCAGAACUCUCCAUAACGAAGUGGACUGAUUCAUGGAGCAUAAGGCUACUAACAAAGAUGGCUAUGCUCUCUGCCUCCAUAGUUGGACGCAGUAAUACUUCUGAAUACCAGUUUCUGGAAGAGAGUGCUCUUGCGCUGAGGUCCUACUUUUGGGGUUCCCCACGGGCAUCUGAUUGGCCACCAUGAGAACAGGAUGCUGGACUAGAUGGGUCACUGGCCCGAUCCAGCAGCCCCUGUGUAUGUUGUUGUGAUGGUAUGGGAAGAGGGACCCUCUUUCCUGUGCUUCAGUGUCCAAUUGCCUGUGCCUGCCCCAAGUCAAAGGAGGCACCCAGUGACAAAACGUGAAGACCCAAGAGUUCACUUUUCCCUGCUGCAUCACCUAACUCAAAAGUGUUGCCUGUCUGGCUCAGUCUGGGUGGAAAUGCUCAGGAAAUGGACUUUCGUAAGGUUCUGUGGAACCUCUCACAAUAUUAUGAACCAUCACAAUAUUACCAACUGUACUUGAUGGGCCUAGAGGUCCCCGCCUCUAAUCACCACCACAGUAGCCUACACCUGACAAGCUGCAAUGCAGAGGGAAGGGCCCCUUUUUUGUUAUUCAAUAUGUGCUUGCAGCAGUUGCUAGAAGAUCGAUUGCAAGUAUUAAGAACGUGAUUAUCAUGUUAUUUUAAUAUUUUAAACUGAAUUUUAGAAUCAUAGAGUUGAUUGUAGUACAGUUCUCUAUUUAGCAAGUAAAACAGAGGUGGUGAUAUAGCAAAAGUCUGUAUAAAUGAACGUCUAAAAAUUUUGUACCUUAAAAGUAAAACUGUCCUUCUGUAUUUGUUUUUUAUAAUGUAAAUGUUAAUAUUCCAACAAAACAUUAGCUUACUACAUUAUAGUUAAACUCUAUACCUGUUCAAGAGAUCUCUUUCACAUCUAACAGUGUCAUAAUAUUUCCCUUCGCUUGCAUAGCUAAAAUCCUUUUCCUCUUUUUUAAACAGAGCCCAACCCAGUUUUUGAUAUCAGUCUUGAAAACCGCAGUAGUUCAACAAUAACUUUGAAGUGGAAAAAUAGCGACCCAAAUGCUUCCAACUACACUUAUCGGAUACUAAUAGAAGGAACUGAUCCUCCCAGGAAUGAAACUUCUGACACCACCAGUGCAGAAAUUGGGAACUUGAAACCUGGAACAUUGUAUACAUUCACAAUAUUUCCACAAGUCAAUAAUGGUGCAGUUGAAGGAGAACCAAAUUCUACAAGUGUUUAUACAAGUACGUCCAAGUUCAUACAACUUAGUAAACAUUUCAGACUGCCUGUUGCUUAACCAUAAAGAUGCAUUCUGUACAUUCAAAAUAUUUACUCAAGCAGGAGAUGACAAGAUUGAGGUAGACAAGUAGAUAAUGGUAAAACUGAAGGAGACUCAAAUAAUAUAACUGUAGAUACAAGUAUGUUUUAAGAUUUCUCUUAAGGGUCAUUCUAUAUAUUCAUGAUACGUACUCGAGCGGAGUAAGUAUUAUAUGAUUGCCCUUGUAGUUUCCUGGCUAUUGGUGGUUAUGCUAAUACAUCUGCAUAGUUACACACGCUAAAGAUACUGGUUGUUGUCAUUGUGGUUAAAAUAAAAAAUAAAAAAUUGCAUGCCUUAAGUCUCCAGUUUAUACUAGGAAAGCAGAAUUACUAUUUUUAAGUUGAUUCUGAAGUACGUUCCUCUGACAAGUGAUGAUCUACUAAAGAAUGUGUGACCUCUACAUUAGCUGCCUCUGCCUAUCCUUCAGUUUUUGUUUUAUACCGUACUCUAACAAAAUGGUAACCAAUCAUAUUGUAGUAACCUUUUACAUUUCUCAAGGAACUUCUGAUAUCACUAUUUUAAUAUUGUGAUGCAACUUUAUGUUAUUGGCACAGCUGGAUCUCUUUUCUUCUUUUUGAACAGAACCAAGUCCGGUUUUUGACAUCAGCCUUGAAAACCGCAGUAAUUCAACAGUAACUUUGAAGUGGAGCAAUAGCGAUCCAAAUGCUUCCAACUACACUUAUCGGAUACUAAUAGAAGGAACUGAUCCUCCCAGGAGUGAAACUUCUGACACCACCAGUGCAGAAAUUAGGGACUUGGAACCUGGAACAUUGUAUACAUUCACAAUAUUCCCUCGAGUUGAUAAUGGUGCAGUUGAAGGAGAACCAAAUGCUUCAAGUGUUUAUACCAGUAAGUAAAUUACAACAGGUGGAGAUUCCCAGUCUCUGCAUUUCUGUACCAUAAAGGUAUAUUCACAAAAUGUGCUUGAUCAGAAGCUGUCAAAAUGGUGGUAGACAUGCACGUGUCUACACAAUUAAACUCAGUUUUCAUGUUAAAUACCAUUUAUUUUCCACAGUUAGAUACUGUUUACAGGUGCGGUGUUCUUCUUGUUUUUUUGUGAGAAGCUAGCCUGCUUUCCCAUUUCAAUGAUUUACUCCCUCCCCACCCCAAAAAAUUCCUGCAGAUGCCCAGGUCUUCCUGAGGUUGCUGGACUCCCAACUCCCAUGACCCCCAGCUAUUGGGGUGGGGGGGGGAUGAUGGGUAUUGGAGUGCAUCAUUCUCUGGAGAGCACCUCUUUGGCUAGCCUUUGCCUUAGAGGCCUAUUACAAAUAAAAGGGAAGUGGUCCUCCCAGGAAUGAUGCUUCUGAUGUCCCCAGUGCAGCAAUUAGUAGCUUGGAACCUGGAACAUGGUGCAAAUUCAAAUAUAUCCAAUAGCAGCUGAUUUUAAAAAGCAACAACCGAAGACCAAGCUCAUAUAUCUGUUUAUAUAAGUAAGCAAAUUAAAAUGGGCCGAUUUCCAAAAUGAUAUUCAUUGCUAGACCAUUUAGGUACUUUACGUACAUUCACAUUUUGUCUUUGAGCAGAACAAGCUUGAGGUUGGCCCAAUUUAAGAAGAAUCUGUGCAAAGGUGUUCUUGGACACUUAAGGCAUUUCCACCCCACCCCCCUGGAAAAACGUAUAUAUUCUGGGUGAGGUUGUACAGGAGGCACAAUGGAUCUUCCCCUUCCCCUUCUCCCUGAUGCCCCCUGAUGCCUCCGAUCUGCUGCAAAGAUUCCCCCAAACCUCCAGAAGUGAUUGAGAGUGUAUAGGAAGCUUUAGGAGGGAGGAGAGGGUGGCCUGUUGCGCAAGCAGGACAGCACAGCUGGAUUUCAGGCAGCGUACUUACCCUUAUUUGUCCCUCCCAUGGUUCAGAUCUCACUUUCCUUUUGCGUUUCCCCCAUAAUAGAGCCCAGUCCUGUCUCUGGCUUCGAUGUUGUUGAUAUUGGCACAGUGAACGUAACCUUAAGAUGGGAAGACAACGAUGCUGCUUCUUCAGGGUACACUUACAUAGUAUUGUAUCAACAAAACCAAGUGGAAAUGAAUGCGACAUCACGAAAAAAGAACAUUACCAUUCUAGGACUUUUACCAGGCACCCUCUAUCGCUUUAGUGUAUUUCCACAAGCAGCAGACAACCUCACCAAAGGGGACCCACAAACCACACACAGGUACACAGGUAAGCAAUGAAAAGUGUUCCUUAAAGUGCUAACAAUAAGUAUUAAAAAUACGUUUCCAUGAGAGAGUUGAAUAAUUUAGUGUGUGCGCGCGUGUGCCUUAUAAUAACAAAGGAAAAUAUUUUGGAGGUUAUGAUGCCAAUUUGGAACACAGUUCAGCUUAUAUAUAUAUUUAAAAGCCUUUUUCCCCCUUAACAGCUCCUAGCUCAGUCACCAACAUCAGAGUUACAGAUGUCAGUAUAACAACAGUCAACUUAACAUGGGAAAAUCUUGAUGCAGCUUCUUCAGCGUACACCUACAGGAUACAGAUUGGUGGUGAAGCUAUUGAGGACAAGAUAUUCCCAACUACGAGUGCUGAAAUUUCAGAGCUAACUCCUGGGACCGAUUAUACAUUCAGCAUUUAUUCAGUAGCAGGGUAUAAUCAAACUGAAGGGAGACCAGGCAGCAUAAAUAACUGUACAGGUAAGUCUGUUAAAUGGCAGAAGGGCAGAAUCUUCUCCUUUAUCUGCUUAAGCAGAUAAGGUGAUGUCUGCAGAAAAGGGACAGGGGCUGAAGCAAACAAAAGUAGAGCAGACUUCAUGUCUUUUUUGAGGAAAAGUGUUUUAUUAGGCUACCAUAUUUUAAAUCUUACUUAUUUUGCUUCUCUGUGCCCUGGGUAUGUGUACAAGGCAAAUGAACAAAGGAAAAAUUAUCCUCACCUUCAUGUCUAUAGCACUUGGUGACAUCCAGCCAGACUAUGGAGUGAAGAAUGCCUGAAGAAAAUACGUCCACCUGUAUGUGCAAACUAAGAAUAACCAUUCUUAGAUUCCAACCCUAACCCUGCUUACUUAGCAGCAAGACCCGUUGAAUUCAACAAGACUUGCGUCUGAAAAGACAUAGUUAGGACUGCGCUGUUAGAUGCAGUGUUUGAAACAAUUAAUCUUCUUUUUAGUUCCUGGUGAUAAAUAAAGGAUUUGAUGUAGAGGUGCAAACAGAAAAACCUCUUUGGUGUGCAAAAAGGCCUUUUCUAAUUGAGUGUUUUAUCUCUUGCAUAAGAUACAAGAACUGCAAUCCUUGUGCUUCCGUUUGCGCGAGGUGUGUGCAGUCUCUUGCCGUGUGGUCUUGCACAGAGGCCCCACACAAUGCCUUCUGUUCGCCCUUAUGCAGCAGUUAAUUGCAAGACCAGCCCCCUUUUUUUGUCUAACACAUUUUCUCCUGGCCAGAUGAAUGUUAUAUAUUAGGCAUGUCCAGCAGGUCAAUUGUGAUCUACCAGUCGAUUGUGGGGUGUCCCUGGUCAAUCGCCCCUCCUCCCCAAAACAAAAGCUCAACAACUUUGGUCACUCAUAGAUCACUGGCACUAUUUUUAUAGUGGGAGUAGAUUGCAGUCUCUUGGGAGUUGGACAUGCCUGUUAUACAUGAUCCAAAUUUGAUAUGCCAUUUCUCCUUGUGCCCUCCUUGUUGUGGUGUGUCUUGUCUCCUAUUAUGAACAAACUGAAAUGCAUACAGUGGAACCUUGGUUCUCAAACAGCUCAGUUGACAAACAAAUCGGCUUCCAAACGCCGAAAACCCGAAAGUAAGUGUUCCGGUUUUCUAACGUUUUUUGGAAGCUGAACGUCCGAUGCAGCUUCCGCUUGGGUGCAGGAAGCUCCUGCAGCCAGUCGCAAGCCACGCCUUGGUUUCAAACAUUUCGGAAGUUGAAAGGAACGGAUUCCGUUUGAGAACAAUGGGACCACUGUAUUGUAAAGAGACAAAGUAGGGAACAAACCUCGCAGGAGGAAUUAAGAGAUUUGGUUCUGUUCUGCCCACUUUUUCUUUCAAGUGUUAUGUGUGUUUAUUAAAUACCCUGUGUGACUAGCCUGCCUUCUUUGUUGUAGAUGCUGCAAGAGUGGAGGUGUUGAACUGCAUGCAAGUUGCCAAGCAGCCAAAAUUGAUUCUAAACUGGUCUAAUCCAAAGGGGAGGUUUGCUGGCUUUGGAGUUGACGUCUUAAAUAGUACUUGGGGCAGCACAAAUAUAUUGGAAAACCAUACCACAGUAACAGAUUUGAACUACUAUACCAACUACACUGUUAGAAUUGUCACACAUUCGUGUGGGAAAGAUAGCCAUCCUCAGGAAAAAAUAUGUUCCACAAGUAUUGGCGGUAAGCAUAUAGUUGCUUUGUUUAGGGUUGUUGGCAAGGAAUGCAUAAUGGUUUCUGAACUAGAUAGCUAUUGGCAUUACAUAAAAUAAUUAUAUCACAUCGCAAAUUUUAGGCCCAGUGAAAAGGUGUGUGUUUGUCAACAGAGAUAUACGUGGGUGUGUGGUUGCUAAAAAAAUUAGAAAUAGUUUUAUGACCACUUAUUUGAGAAAAAGAGUCUUUCCAUUUUUUUGCUGAAGGAAAACCUCACAGCUGGAGAGUUCAUAUCUUAUUAUUCUUUACCCUUUUGUCCCUUGUUUUUAUGCAAUUGUGUCUGUUGGGGGGGGAUACCAAAGCUAAAACAAAAAUAAAACAGAAUACCAUUAGUGUACACAGCAUAGAACCUUGUAGUACUUUCAAUAUGAACAAAUUUAUUAUGGCACAAGCUUCUCUGGACCACUUCAAUAGAAUAUAUUAGACUGUAGGUAUUGCGUGAAAACAAUGUUUGCUGCUUGAUCCUUUGUUGUUUGCCAUGUAUGUAAACCACUGCAAGGAACAUCCAUCUGGUGGCUUCAUGCAUGAUGCAGUUGCAAUGUGUAGUGGCAUUUGGAGCUUCUGAAUGAAGUGGGUGACUCCAGGUGAUAACUUGCACUUUUAAGAGUUGUAGAGUACAGAAGCCACCAUACAAAAAUCAUUUCAGCAAAUCUCAGCAUAGCUAAUGUGCUAUACAGAUAAUCAAAAACUAGGCUAUUCAUUGCAAACAGGCCAUUGUGUUCCUUUGUAGUGCUGCAGAAAGAGAUUUGAUAUACAAAAAUUGUUUCCCCCGCAUUCCGUCCAUGUUUGUUUUGUUUUUAUAUGCUUUAUACUAGUGGUUUACAGGCUUACGUUGUAUUUUUGAUUUUAUGUUUUCUGUUUACUGCUUUUAUGUUGUACACUGCUUUGAGACUUUUAAAAUAUUAAACAGUUUAUAAAUGUUUUCAGUUAAUAAAUAUUUGCUUUCCAGACCCUCCAUCUCCACUUAUAGCCCCUACCAUUGUGGGAACCACUCACAACUCCUUGACAGUUCAGUUCAGUAGCUUUAAUGCAAGCCAUGGACCUUUAGUAGCAUAUGCAGUAAUCGUCACAUCAAAAGGUAAAACAAAAACAAAAUGCAUGCCCAGUACAGCCAUUUUAUCAUUUAUUUUAAAAAAUCUUUCUUUAUGUAAGAAGCUCUGUUCCAUACUUUCUCUUUUGUUUAAAAUAAAGUAGUAGAAGUAAAAUUCUGAGACUGCAUUUAGGGUUGAUACCUGCACUGUUGCAAUGAUCAGAUCUGAUUGUUUCUGGCAAUGGUGAAGGAAAUGUCAACAUUUUUUGGGUGCAAUCAAGAUUGUAUUGAUUCCUCAGCAAAACCAACUUUUGUAUCCCACUUUGUUUCAUGUUUAUAUUGCUAUAGAGCACCUGUCAGCAUGGUAUUGAUCAAAGCUAUUAUAUCAACCAAGAUAGGAACUUGAACACAAUGUGUUUUGACUAUACACGAUUUUGGCUUUAGGCUCAAUCCCCAGAAUGUAACCCCCAUGUAACUUAUGGGUUUACUUCUUUGUUUAACUUAAUAUUUUGAUUUUGGACAAUAUUGAAGUAGCUGUUGAAUAUUUUACUGCUAUUUAAGUCUAUGAGUAUCUAAAAAUCUAUCAUUUUAUAUUUUCUUGAUAAUUACGGUACAUGAUAAUGUAUUCUCAUUUUUCCCCGCAUACAGAUGUAGUCUCUGCAGAGGCCUUGAAAUAUACCUAUGAUGAUUUCAUGAAUCGGGGAGCAGAUGCUUACGUUGCAUAUGUCAAAGAUGAGCAAAUGCGUUCCUCUUCCUCCUCCAACAGUGAGCAGCAUACUAUUGAAAUAGGAGACGGAUCCGUAACACAUGGUUAUGUCAGUGGGAAGUUAAUCCCACUUAAUUCAUACAGGUAUUUUAAUUCUAUUUCUAACUCCAUUUCCCUGAGUCGUGUUGAUGACUAAAACAUAAUAAAUGAGUAACACACACUUUUUCUUUUAAAAUCAAACUCUGAUUUCAAAUCCCGUUUUUUUCUUUCCUCUGCCUUGCAUUAGGGUAUAUGUUGCUGGUUUUACUCGAAUUGACUAUUUGAAUGACACCAUCGACGAAAAGGAGAGUUAUGUCUCGUUUUCAAACAUUUCAAAUGCUGUUGUCUUACCUCAAGAUCCAGGUACAUUUAUUUCAUCAUCAUCAAACCUUUUAUUGGCAUCACAUACAAACAUCCAAAACAAAUCAAUACACAAUUACCACUUCCCCAGUGGCAAAAAACAUUUGCUAAAAGAAAGGAGGCAGAGCAGUCUAUCGUCACAUCUCUAGGUCUCCAGGGAGAUCAGACGUCUGCAGUGUAUUUCGACGACAAAAAAGCAAACAGAGAUAUUUAGCCACUAACUUGGUGAGCUCCUGAUCAUUCCCCAGUAAUAGAAAAUGUAUGAUCUCCAACUCUGGUUUCCAUUUGGGGAGACAGAGUUGAUCUAGAAAUUGCUGACGGAGAUCAGCAUAUAGUUUACAAUUAAGAACCAUGUGUGUAAGGGUUUCCACCAGGUGGUCUUCACAUGGGCAAGUUCUUUCUCCUUCCACCCUGCCUGAGAACCUUCCCCAAAGGAGAACCCAGUUCUGUUCCCCUCCUUGCCAAAGCGUAGCCUUACACCUUUGUGUUUCAGAGUACCUUUGUGAGCAGGGUAUAUAAAACCAACCCUGUGAGGUAAUACGUUGCCACCACUCCUUAAGUCCAAACAACCUGGAAUUCCCAGACAUUACUGGGCAGCCCUAAAAUUCUAGGGAAGCAAAAACUAAAGGCCAGACCCUCUCAGGUUAAACACUUACUCAGUAGCAAGUGACCAAGAGAUUGGGAACUAGACUCAGUACCCAAGAAGACAGACAUCAAUCUUAUAUGGUAGGUUUAUUAAAAUUAGUAGUAGCAGAACUCCAAGGUCUGUAAAAUAAAAUAAAAUUUAGAAAUGCAAACCCCACAGUAUAUGUGGCUAUUGGGUUUUCUUUGCUCUUCAGACUUUCAUCCACUUUGUGGCUUGUAGUUGAGUCAGAUGUGCCCUGGAGCAGGCUCCAGUUCAAGUAUGCUUGGCAACUGUAGAAUGCAAAUGUACUAUUGGGAUUGCAGUGGAGCGCUGGGAGGAAAAAGGGGGAGAGAAUGGAGUGUCGCAGAAUACUGAACAGAAAAAUCCCACAGUGCACCAUUUUUUCUUGUGAAUCCCACUUAAACAUGGAAUCCUGCAUGUAUCUAACAGCCUGACCUCCCUUACCAUCUGAUGUCUUGUGUGAACUACACAAGGGAUUGGGCAUAAGGUCCUAGUACUAGCUAUUGGGUUUUCUUUGCUCUUCAGACUUUCAUCCACUUUGUGGCUUGUAGUUGAGUCAGAUGUGCCCUGGAGCAGGCUCCAGUUCACCUUAUGGGAAUUUUCCAGUUGCCAGCUCAUGGUCAGUAGGGGCAAAGCCUUAACCAUAAGUCCUGGUUCAGAGGACACAGUAAGAAGAACCUUGGAAUAAUAGAUAUGUAGAGUUGGAAGGGACCGUGAGGGACUUCUAGUCCAACCCCCUGCAAUGCAGGAAUCUUUUGCCCAGCAUGGGGCUUGAACCCACGACCCUGAGGUUAAGAGUCUCAUGCUUUUACAGGCUGAGCUAUCUGCCUUGGCUGAGCUCAGUGCAGCACCGCAGUUAAAAGGACUGAGGAAGGAGCAAAGCAGCUGCAAGCUCCUCUCUGGGAGCCCACACAGCUGGCUUACUAUGUCAAGUGAACCAGGUCUGAUGCGUGUAACAGGGGUCAGACCUAAACUCUGAUUUGUUGAGGCACCACUGAAUUGCACUGAACGACCCUUUGCUUCCUGAGAGUUCAGCUAGCAAUGUCUGCUCAUUUUAGCUUGUUUGGAUAAUGGGAGAUUCAAAUAGCUCACUGAAUCGUUACCCUGCCCAAUAAUUUUACCCAAUAAAAUCUCAGUGCUGAAUAGAAACUGUGAGCUUCUGCCUUGCUAGGGCAACAAAAGCUAGUGAUUGCUGAGAGUACACUUGAAGGGCCCUUGUUAAAACCUUGUGGUUGUUGGUUUUUCGCCUUGCCGUUAUGACUUGUAAAGGAGUUAAAAUCGUUUGUUUCUUUCCCAGAUGUCAUCACAGGAGCUGUUGUUGGAUGCAUUCUGGCUGCUGCUGUUAUUGCUGCAGGGAUUGGUUUUUUCAUCUUCUGGAAAAAGAGAAGGUAUAUUAGCUACUGCAUAAUUCUUUACAAGGAUGUAGUUGUGCAUAACACUUCAUGAUGCAGGUCUCUGCUGCUUCUCUUUCACGUAUUUGGAAUGCUUGGGAUCUGUUUCUACCAUGCAUGCAUUCAUAUAUUUUUUUAAAUUUCUUUUUAUUAGUUUCAAUUCACUAUACAACACCAAACACUAAUAAAACAAAAAAGACAAAACGAAAGAACAAAAAAUAAAAGAAAAACAUUACAUAACAAAAAACACCAACAAAUUAAACGUACAAUAACUAAAUAACACGACAAUAGUUGACUUCCCUUCAACUUGGUUUUGGACUAUGUUACAAAAGGUUUUCUUUCUACCAUGCAUUCAAACCAUCUUCAGGCUGUCUGUCUUAGGAAGGUCAGGGGGCCUUAAUUAUUUUUUAUCAGGGUGUAAUAACUCGGCAGGUAAGAAAUAGGUACUCCUUAAUGAACCAGCUAAGUCCAAAUACAGAAAGUCCUGCCAAACUAUGACUUGAUAGGUCAGCAAAGGUUGGUCUUUAAAAAUAAUUAAAGUUGCUUUACUUCUUUUCUUAGUCUUUAUUCUCUGAGUUCCCCAUGGCCACAGCUGACUAUUCCAGGGAUACCCACUUGAUACAGUGCUCUUGAAGGGAGUUGACAUGACAUUUUAUCAGAAGUCAUGCCCUGCUGAUACUAUUUUUUUUCUCUUGGGAAGGCUCUGUGGGUGGAUUUUGUUCACUCUCAGUACCUGAUUGCCAUAAAGUUGGUCUAGAAGAAAUUCCUCCCUGAUGAGAUUGGGCUUGUGACCCUGGGUAGUAGUUUCUUUUUGGUCUUCAUGUGCAGCUUGGAUGGUUUACUUCCUCAAAGGCUCUGGAUCUGUUGCUCUGCACACUGUUCUUCAUAGAAUGCUGUGUAAUCUGCAAUCAGCGGCGGAGGAAGCAGCUCGGGUGCCUGGGGCGGUGCACCCAGGGGCGGGGUGAGCCGCCCAUAGGGGUGGAGCACACCGUGGGGCCUCCGGAGUCUGCCUGCCUCCUCCCACUCAGCCGCCCUACAGCUGGGGAGGAGGCAGCAGGUGGCACUCUUGGGCAAUGUGGAGCCUAUGGGCGCCCAAGCUACUGCAUCUCUCCCAGGAGAGACAUAUGGCUCGGGCACGCUGCAGGCCCCGCGGUGAGUGCCGCCUGGCAUUUUGUCACCCCCUUCAGUGGUCACACCCGGGGCGGCCCACACCCACCACACCCCCUUACUCCCCCCCUGUCUGCAGUGUGUGAGUUCAUCUUUGGGGAAAGCUGUGCCUUGUGGCAAAUGGGUUGGGUCACAUGGACCCCAGUACUUUCCAAUCCUGUAUUUGUUGCUUAAUGGAAGGCAUAGUUUGUGGCCUGAUGUUGGCAUUUUAGCCAAACCAGUAGUUGCGGAAAGCUUUGUAUUUUUUAUUUCAGUUUUUCCAAGAGUGAAAAAUGCAACUAACCCUUUUUCAAAAUCUACAAUUCUACAGGAAAGGUGGAAAAAACAACCAGGUGCCAUUUACCCAAUUAGAGUGAGUUGACUAUUACUAUCUUCUCUUUAGAAUAUACUGAGGAUCAAUCAGAAUUGGCUUUGUUUUAAAGUGGUGGUGGAGAUAAUACUUAGAGUGCUUUAAAAGUAUUUUGGAUCAUUGAGGUCCUAAUAACCUAUGUUAUAAAACUCUAUGUUAUGAUUAAUUGGUGUAAUAAUGUGUCAGAAUGCCUGUGUAAAGAUACUAAAUAACAUGCAAAGGUCUCUGCUACAACGCUACCUUUCUUCCUUGGUGGUUAGGUGUGGGUUAGGUAUUUCACCAGUAUUAAAUUCAACCUAGUUUCUAUGGCUCUAAGAUAGAUUGUGCAUUGUGUGUGCGCAGGGGAGUAGGGUUAUACCUGUCCAGGUAGGGGCACAGCUGGGCCACCAGCCCAAGCUGAUGGAAGGCACUCCAAAGCCAUCCGAGCCUCAAGCAACAGCAAAGGAUCCAGGAGUACCCCCAAGCUAUGUGUAGUAACUACUGGGUUGCUUUUUCUUAUCCUUCCGGAUGAAGCAAUUUAUGUGAGGAGUCAGGAGAAAUAGAUGCAACUAAAUAAUUGGAAAUGGCAGGAGCAUAGCUUAGACUAUAAAGAAGAUCAAUUUUUAAAGCUAUGUUUUUGCUCCAAAAUUUAAUUGGGCAUUCUUGUAUCACAGCAGGGAAUUUGUAGUUUAUGUAAUACUAGAUUCCAAGUAUUAUGUAUAAAAUUGUUCUGCUCAGUUAAUAAAGGCUGUAACUAAUGUGUGCAAUUUUUCUCUCUUCCUUUCCGUCUUCCUCUGCAGACCGAGAAAGUAAGCAAAUAAUUUCCUAUACUCUAGAUGAAUAAUAGAAAUAGUGCUUGAAUUCAUGCCUCUCAUUUGAUUAUGUUUUAUUUCUGUUCAGCUUCUCAGAGAAUGCUUAGUCCUUUAUUUCCUAAGCAAACGUGUUAUGUUGUGUAUUAUACACACUCAGCACUUCAGUUGUCAAAAUAUGGAUUUGGAAUUUCUCAGUUUCUGUUGUCCCUAAUUCUCACCUUGUUGGACUCCAGCAUGCCCUUGGUGUAGGAGCCAGAUUGCUGCCUGUGAAAAUUCAUAGCACAAAUAAGUCGAGAGCAGCCAGCGGGGAAAGGUGGCAGCUUGUACCUUGGCCUCCUGGUGGCAGCAUCACUGCCACUUACCAGGGAAAAGAGGGUAGAGGCAGCUGCAAGGUUUACAGUUGUGCUGAACUGACUCUGCUGAGGUACCUGCACAAUGCUGACCUCCCCACUGCCACACCUUCCUCCCUCCCUCUAUUUCUUAGUAGGUGGCAGCAACGCUGAUGUCAGGAGGCCAGGCGUACACCCAGCCACCCCUCCACACCAGCUAUUCCUGAAAUAAAACCUCUAGUCCCUACUGGGCUAUGACCCUUUUCUAUGUCAAGAGUCUGUGCUAGGCCCAAAACAAUAGAUGGCAUAUCUCAGGUACUGUCCCUAUGAAAGGGAACUAAAUGUGCCUGGAUGGCUCUGGGGACAUUUCAGCACUGCUGCCACCGUCUUCAGGAGACCAUGUGUGCACCACCACCUCUCCCUGGCAGCUGCUCCGGAAACUGAGCUUUUAGCAAAAUAAGUGUGUCCUAGAUAAUGUCGACUACUACAAGGUGGUUGUUUUUUUGUUUCUUUCAGAUCAAAGUUAUUUAAAGUGGAAGACUUUGAGUCUCAUUUUAAGAAACAGAAAGCUGACUCAAACUGUGGAUUUGCAGAAGAGUAUGAGGUAUGCAUCUGAAAUGUUCUUAGCUUUUUCUCUGUCAUCAUAAUGUUUACAUUCUUCCACAUAAGAGCUCAGCUACCCCGGGCCCUUAGGGUGAAGGGGAGGUAAUAAAUAAUGACGACAACACAUGCUUCCUCCUGCACAGCUGAAAGAUUAAGACAGUCCCGUCUUCACUGAACAGUUGAAAAAGGAAGGUGCAAAUAGGACUUGAGUCCCUGCAAAAUCUGAAAUUCAUGUUUUGAGGUGGAUUUCAUUAUUUAAAGAGCCAAAAUUCAACUGUGAAAAAGCCAUAUGCAAUGGGAAACAAUAAGGAAACCUAACAAUUAGGAAUUACCUUCCCCCAAAGUUCACUGUUGGAUGUCAUAUGGCCAAGUGUUGAAGAACCAUUUGCAUGCCAUGAGGUAAAAUAAUCCUAAAUUCCUUCUCUAUUUGCUGCAGGAGCUCAGGCCUGUUGGUACAAAUCAGCCCAGAUUUGCAGCUGAACUACAAGAGAACAAAGCGAAAAAUAGAUAUAACAAUGUCUUGCCAUGUAAGUUCCUCAACCCUACUGCUACUAAAAACUGACCUGGCACCAUCACUGUGCUAGAAUCCCUUCUCCCCCUCUACCCCAUCAGCAAAGAUAAGUGGGCUAGGAUCAGACUCUAACGCUGCUUUUAAUCCUAAUUACUACACCACCUAUAUUCUUUCAUCUGGUUCAUAGUCUUUUCUUUAUUUAGUGGCUUAAUUCAUUUUAUGUGGUGUGUGCUGUGGAAAAAGGAAAAUAUAUUGACACAUAAUAAUAAUAAUAAUAAUAAUAAUAAUAAUAAAAUAAUUUUUGCAGAUGAUAUUUCUCGUGUCAGACUUCAGAUCCAUGACCAUCCAACCAAUGAUUACAUUAAUGCAAACUAUAUGCCGGUAAGUGUUCCCAGCCUAUUUAAAAAAACCCAUAGUGUUUUAAUGACAGAUUUAUAAAUAAGAAAAGUGGUAUUCAGACCAUACUUUGAUUGCAGGGUUACAACUCCAAGAAAGAGUUCAUCGCUGCACAAGGCCCUUUGCCCAAUACGGUGCAAGACUUCUGGCGCAUGAUCUGGGAGAAGAAAAUUUAUACCGUUGUUAUGCUGACUAAAUGUAUUGAACAAGGCAGGGUAAGUUUUCGUUAAAGUUCCGAAACAUGCUACAAAAUGUUGCCGUGCAUCACAACCGCCAUAAAUUUUGCAGCUCAACGAUUCUAAAAAAUUUAAUUCAAUGCUAAAAAAACACCCUACCAUUUUAAAACCACAACCUGGGAAAUUGGAAGCUAAGAUUGAUGCCUUAACAGAUGUACCCCGUGAUCAGUAAUAAAGUUGUUGAAUCCAGAUGCGGAGGAUAAAGAUGCCCCACAUUGCCCUGGUUUAGUAUUGCUCUAAGUUUUUUGUGUAAGGUAAAGGUAAAGGGACCCCUGACCAUUAGGUCCAGUCGUGGCCGACUCUGGGGUUGCGGCGCUCAUCUCGCUUUAUUGGCUGAGGGAGCCGGCGUACAGCUCCUGGGUCAUGUGGCCAGCAUGACUAAGCUGCUUCUGGCGAACCAGAGCAGCGCACGGAAACACUGUUUACCUUCCCGCCAGAGCGGAUCAGUGGAAGGAUUCAGCACCCUCUUCCAGCACAGCUCUUAUUUUACUCCUGAUUUGUUUGGAGUUUUUAAUAUUCUGUUGGGAGCUGCCCAGAGUGGCCGGGGAAACCUAGCCAGAUGGGUGGGGUAUUAAUAAUGAUAAUAAUACCUGUCCCAAACCACUUUCCAACAGAAAAGACUUGUGAGUUAAGAACUGUGUUUAAUACUCUUAUGCAAGUCCCUACAAGAACCUUUCAGAUGGGAAAAGGGCACUGGCCUGCAAAUGCAUUGACAUCUAAAUAAUUACGUAACUCAACAGGAGAGGAGAACAAUGGGGGGGACAUCUUUACUGGUCCCAGGUACUCUAUCCCACCCCAUCCCACCCCACCCCCAUCUGGUCCUAAAGCCAGUGUCCCCACCCCUUACUUUUCUUACAUUCCUUUUACUUUCAUGGACCUAUCAUAUAAGUUGACUUAUAAUUUAUAUUUCUAGACAAAAUGUGAGGAAUAUUGGCCAAAUAAACAAUCCAAAAGCUAUGGAGACAUAACAGUAGCCAUGACUUCAGAAAUUCCCCUUCCAGAGUGGACAAUAAGAGAUUUCUCCAUGGAAAAGGUGAGUUGUUUGCGCGCUCUCUCUCUCACUCUCUCUCUCUGUGUCUGUGUUUUGCUUAUACUCUGGAUUGAUGACGUAUCACUUAGGCUGCAAUCCUAUGGGGUCCUAGCAGCCAUAGGGUACAUCACAUUUCCUUGUCAGAGACUCCAGAGAGAGGGGGUUCUGAGAAGGAGUUCUGCUGUCUUAUCUGAUCUCCUUGUCACUACAGAAACCUUUGGGCACUGAUAUGACUGGGGCACGGGUAUGUCUGGUUUUAGACAUUUCUGUUUGCCUUACUAUUCUGAUAAUUAUUCUGAUUUUGGAAAAACAACAACUAGAUAUGGGCAGAGAGAUUUUUCACAGGAGAAACAAGGGCUCUGGAUUAGACAUGUGACCUACCUUUUCAAUGUGAUUUGUUGCCUGCUGUUAAACUUAUUUAUUUUAGGUUAAUUUAUACCUCGUUUCUGAUUUGGAACAGGCAACAAAAUGAGCUCACAAUAAAAGCGUUUCUAAUUCUGAAUUUUAGAGAUGGGCAGAAUCCACUCCACUCAAGUUUGAAACUUUUCAUAGAAUCAUAGAAUUGUAAAGUAGGAAUUUGAAUGAAUUAAGCAAGAAGAUGUCUGCUGAGACCCUGAAAUUAAACACUGGGUAAUUGGGAAACAUCAUAAUUGGGAAAAUUGAUAAUUUUCAGAUUGAAGAGGCUCCUAAAUCUCCUCAUUCAUCACUAGGAGCAAAGUAGAGCCUCAGAGUCUCUAUAUUUGACACACCUUUCCCAUGUGAAUAAGUUCUCUGAAACCAUGCUGUUCCCCCAUAGUCAUCCAGGGAGGUGUGUGUGGCAGGCGCAGUCUACCAAGAGGACCAAAUAGGCCUAGAGGUCUUGUUGCUCCCCUAGCAAUAUUUCAUAGCCCUCAACCUCCAAAUUUCCCUUCCCCAAAAAAUGCAUUGCGUGUGAACUACCCCAAAAUGCAUUGCGUGUGAACUACUCCAUCACUAGUGAAAACAGUCAAGCUAGAUACAGUGGUACCUCGGGUUAAGAACUUAAUUCAUUCUGGAGGUCCGUUCUUAACCUGAAACUAUUCUUAACCUGAAGCACCACUUUCGCUAAUGGGGCCUCCUGCUGCCGCUGCGCUACCGGAGCACAAUUUCUGUUCUCAUCCUGAAGCAAAGUUCUUAACCUGAGGUACUAUUUCUGGGUUAGUGGAGUCUGUAACCUGAAGCGUCUGUAACCCGAGGUAGCACUGUAUAAAAAUUUCACUUCCCUGAUUUAUCCAAGCUAUUUGAAACCAUCAAAAAUACACUCAGCUUGCAGCAAUUCCAGAAGGUGUACUGAACCCAGGUCUUAGGUCAAGCACUCAGAGGAUAGAAAUAUGAGUUAGCUCAAUGAAAUGUAUUUGGCACUUGGUGUGAGUCUCAUACACUUUUAAACAUUUGUUUCUUCCUCCCCUGACACUGUUCGCCCUGAGCAACUUGUCACUGUCCCUUCUUCCACAGCUGUCCUUGGGGCCCAACCCUUCCACUUAGCUUUAACCUGCCUGCUUUUUUUUUCCCAUUCCGCCAAGCCAUUCUCAUAGCUCACGUUUUCCUGUGCCAGGCGCUACAGAAUUGCCAGGAAGCGGCUUACAGGCUUAAUUUUUUUAUUAUUAUAAAAUACUUCGUGACACCAUUCUUCCGAACCCUAAUGACUACUCCUGUUCCUCGAUUUUCAUUUCUAAGAGUGAUUCAUCUGAAAGUCACCCCGUGCGACAGUUCCACUUCACAGCCUGGCCAGAUCACGGUGUCCCGGAAACAACCAACCUCCUCAUUAACUUCAGGCACUUAGUACAGGAAUACAUGAAGCAGAACCCUCCAAGUUCUCCUACCUUAGUGCACUGCAGGUACAAAUAUUACUUUCUGGAAGGGGAGGGGAGACUCCCAAGUCUAAGUGGUAUCCUAUAUACAGUUAUGUUUAUGUGGAAGUACGGGAGCUGGGGUGGGAAUCUUUCAGUGCCACUGCUUAUAAAGGGAUGUGAACUCACAGGGCCUUAACACAUGCAAAGUUGGGUAUUCUUGUUUCUAUUGCCAUUCUAGUUUUCCAUACAGUCACUGAUUUUCAGGUGAACAAUGGUAAAGGUAAAGGACCCCUGGACGGUUAAGUCCAGCCAAAAGCGACUAUGGAGUUGCGGCACUCAUCUCGCUUUCAGGCCGAGGGAGCCAGUGUUUGUCCACAGACAGCUUUCCGGGUCAUGUGGCCAGCAUGACUAAACCGCUUCUGGUGCAACAGAACACCAUGACAGAAACUAGACCGCACAGAAACACUGUUUACUUUUCCGCCACAGCGGUACCUAUUUAUCUACUUGCACUGGCGUGCUUUCAAAUUGCUAGGUUGACAGGUGCUGGGACAGAGCAAUGGGGCAUCACGGGGAUUCGAACCACUGACCUUCUGAUCGACAAGCCCAAGAGACUCAGUGGUUUAGACCACAGCACCACCCGUGUCCCAUAGGUGAACAAUGAUACAGCACCUGAUUCUUCCAGGCCAUUUCCUGGGCACAAUCUUAGCACUAGCAAGAUGAAUUUACCUCACUCACGGCAUAUUUAGAGUUACUUAAUGUAGAGGUGUCCAACUAAAUGGAGUGAGGGCAGGGACCAGACCAUUAUUUUGCUUUCUGCCCAGUUGUAAGAAAAGAAAGAGGCAAGGCCUCCUUUUUUAAUAGAUGCACACUGUAGACCUGUGGUCCUCCAGAUGUUGCAGAACUACAGCUCUCCUUUCCCCUGGCUGUUGGCCUUGCUGGCUGGGUCUCUUGGGAGUAGGAGCCCAACAACAUCUGGAAAGACAUAGGUUUCCCCAUCCCUGCCUUAGACAAACAGACAACUUUUGCUAUGGGCUCCAUCUCCUGGGACCGUGGUGCCAAUAGGCCCUAGGUCCACUUGACAGGUUAUUUCUCUCUACCUGUGCAUCACUUCUGUGGAGGAAAAGGCAUCCACUGAGAGUAUUAAGAGCAGCAGAAUAGAUUGUGCGUGUCUUUUUUUCUUUCUUUCACAGAAGGAAGAUAAUUAUGCUGUGUUAAGUGAUCCUUAAACCGAGAUAUAAACAAGGAUUUAGGGCUUAACUGAAGGCAAGCACAAAGCCAUUAAAUACAUAUGCAAUUGUUUUUUCUUACAGUGCUGGUGUCGGAAGGACGGGGACAUUCAUUGCAAUUGACCAUUUGAUCCAUCAAAUGGAGAUGGAGAACACUGUUGAUGUGUACGGUGCUGUAUAUGAGCUUCGAAUGCAUCGGUCUUUAAUGGUGCAAACAGAGGUAUGGGCAGGAUGCUAUUCUAAGCAUGUAAAUCAAUGACCUACACAUGGCAUAGCAAGUAAUGUUGUCACCAGCUUUCAGCAUUGUUCCAGUUGAUUUAAUAUUUCUUUUGAUAACCUGGAGAUGCAACUGCAGACACCAGACCUAAAUUUCUGAACAAUUAACUCUGCACCGUUAUUUCAGUUUCUGUUCCUAUUGCUCACCUUGAGGGCCACUGUUGUUGAUUUCUUUUAAAUGCUGGAAAAAAAGAAAUGCCUUUCUUGCAGUCACUUUCUAUAUGGGCAGGAAGAGGCAGAUGUUUUAAAACUGCGAGAUUUUUCCCCUUUUCUUUCAUAUAAUGAAAUGGCAGUGGAGAAGCCCAAGAUGUAUGGAUGCAUUGCAGUUGUUGACUGCAGUAAUGGGCAUAAUCUCUCUUAAAAAUGAUUCAUCAUAUGAAAUCUAUGCUACAUAUUCAUUAUUAAUGUUAUUGUUAUUAUCUCUCUCCUUUAGGACCAGUAUGUCUUCCUAAACCAGUGUGUUUUGGACAUUAUCAAAUCCCAGAAAGAUAAGAAAACAGACCUUAUCUAUCAAAACACAAAUGCCAUGGCAAUCUAUGAGAACUUCACACCCUUGCCACACAUUGGGAAGGCAAAUGGCUACCAUGCAUAA